GCCUUUAAACUCUCUUGUUGUUGUCACUUGGCGCAGCAGGUUUAAGAAGCAACUUCCUUGUCACAGCUGCUUAGAAGUGGUCAGAUCUAGCACAUGUAAAGACGACAAAGAGAGCCAUUGAUUGUUACUGUAUCACACAACACUGCAGCUGCCCCAUCAUACUACUAUGGAACGAAAGGUUACUGUUUCCCAAAGGAAAGGGAUUAGCUGGGAUAUUAAUGACAUGAAACUUCCACAGGUACAGUGUUUGGGUUGGCAAAUAAGAUGAUUCAGGAUUUACUUGUUUUCAUUUACCCACUUUCCACUAAGUGGAAUUCAUGAUUAAUUAAACUUUGAUGAGCUCUUAUGAAAAGAUUUUGAAACAAUUGCUCUAUUAAAUUACAUUUUAACGAUGUAUGUAAAUAUAAUAGCUACCAUACUUUUUUACUUAGUACCUAUGAUAAUAAUACUGCAUUUGUAACAAGCAGUUAUAGUACUUGUAGUUGGUUGUAGUUGGUAGUUUUUGUCCAGCUUUGCAUAUGUUUGGUAGUAUGCAUGGAGUGUCUUAGUCAGCACGUUAGUUAAAAUUAAAAGAAAGUCAGGGAAUGUUCAUGGGUGUCAGCAGCAUAGGGUGAGUGGGGCAGCUGCUUCUUCUGAAAAUUACUCUUAAUUAAAAAACAAAAAUUUGACUGCCAAACAUUUUUUACUCAUGGUUGUGGAUGAGACAGAAGAAAGCUAAAUUUGUUGCUCGGGAAACAGACAUCAUAUUGUAUGGUUUCAUACCCUUCUCAUCAUAGCUGCUUGCCCUGAUAAUAGGUUGACAUAUGGCAUAAUGGAGGGAAAUAUGAAAUGAGAUACUAGUCUAUGACAUACUAUAUUAUAGGAUAUAUUAUUGCACACUAUAUUGUAUCACAGUCUGUACAGAUGUUUAAACAGCAAUUGGAUAAAUACUUGCAAAAACAUAAUGUUCAGGGAUAUAAUUUUUAAUUAGUGUGUAAUAGCUUCUUGAUCCAGGGAGAUAUCUGACUGCCAUUCUGGGGUCAAGAAGGAAAUGUUUUCCUAGUUUGUGGCAAAAUUGAUAGCACGUCAAACUAGGUGUUUUGCCUUCUUUUGGAUUAACAGCAAAAACAAAUUUGAGAAGGUCUGAACUUGAUAGACGCAUGUCUCUUUUUAACUAUGUAACUAUGUAACUAUGAUUAAAAUGUGGCAUGUUGCAUAUGGCACUUUCCAGUGAAAUAGCAUGUAAUUAUGGAAUAUUGGAUGAAAGCUGGAAGGCUAUUCCAUGCAUCCACUACCCUCUCAAUAAAGUAAUAGUUUCUGAUAUUAUUUUUAAACCUUUGCCCCUCUAAUUUAAGAUUAUGUCCUCUUGUUGUGGUAGUUUUUCUUCUUUUAAAUAUAGUCUCCUCCUUUACUGUGUUGAUUCCCUUUAUGUAUUUAAAUGUUUCUAUCAUAUCCCCCCUGUCUCGUCUUUCCUCCAAGCUAUACAUGUUAAGUUCCUUUAACCUUUCCUUUUAUGGGGUGAAAAGGUGUGAACUCAAAAGACCAAUGUAAAUACUGUAUUUGCCCCCCUCCCCCCACAUCUAAAAAAGCUGCUAUGGAUUAAUGUCCUCCUAUUCUUAAUUCUAACCAAAGGGAUUGCAAAUGUUUAGAUAUACUGUUCAAAAUGUAUACAGUUACUUAAGUUUAAAUACACUUUCUGUCACAUUUCCUAUUGCAAAACACCAAACUCUUUUGUGUCUGCUAGUUAUCUGUGGAAAUCAGACUAUAAAUAUGGGUAUAAUGACUCCUUCAAUCGAUGCAUGUUGCUAAUGACAUAAUCUGCACAAUAAAUAUUUUAAACCCACAAUUCCAACAGAAUAUGAAUUUGUAAUUUAUAUGUUUUCUGGGGCUAUCAUGGGGCUAUAAUGGUGGCUGGAUUGGGUCUGUAGUGAGGAAAUGGGAGCUGUAGUCGGAGGGGGAUAGUGGCUAUAGUGGGAGGACAGAGGCCUGUAGUGGGAGGACUGGCAUUGUAGAGUGGGGAACAGGGCUUGCUUACAAAAAUGUUUGGCUAAAAAAAAAAAAAAAAUCACCUACACUGUAUUCCUCUCUCCCUGAUGCUUACGUUGAACCGGUGGGCAGGUGGGUACAGACAGAUCCUUCCGGCCAGCGCCAAGAGAUUUUAUCUGAGUGUUGGCACAGUAACCCACUGACAUGCUCUCAUACAAGAAAAUCUCCUCUGUACUUGAGUGCUGGCCCUGCAUAAGAUCUCUAUGUCAGUUUGGAGAAUCAGCUGGCAGGUGAGGAUGGUGUUUGAUCUCCCCACCACCCAUGCCACACUGAGGCCAUGUCCUUGGUGGCCUUAGGGCAAAUCCGGGCCCUGUGUGCACUGUUAUUUUAGCAUGCUAGUUAUUCUAGUACUCACGGUUUCAUGAAAAUCAGUGCUUGCUAGUUAAAUAUGGGUGUAGUUGAAACAAGAACCAUUGAAAUGUUAUGUAGUAAAAUCAGUGUUUACAACUACUUUGCCAAUGCUGAUAAUUUUUCUGCAUGAUGUACACAUGCAUCUACAGAAGUCAAACUUUCUUUUUCGCAUUUGGUUUUGCUUUUAAUCAAAAUGUCCAUGUGGCCAAGUUUGAAAUUUGCACCAUUUUUAAUACAUAUUUGGAUGGCUGUUUUACUUACCCUGAAAAACUCAGAUGCCUGUAAUACAUAUGUCUUUUGGUUCACGUUAUUAUUGUAUACUUAUUGCUACUAAGUCAAGUAGUUAAGCAGGUAAAAAGUAGGGAUUGUUUUGUAUAGGCCCCAAAUUGUAGAAGAUUGAACCUUAGUGGGCUUCCACUUCCACUAAUUCCCUUCAACUAUCACUCACAAUGUUGAUCGGAACAAGGUAUCUUCCUGCAUAGUGCUUUCUAGACUUGUGCAUUCAGUUUUGGAGGAAUUGAGAAUAGUCCAAAUUUUGUUCGUUGGUAAUUCAUCAAAAAUCUGUAGGUCUUCAGACCUAGCAACAGUCCAGGUUUUGUCAGUAUCUCCAUUAAAGGACCACUAUAGUGCCAGGAAAACACACUUGUUUUCCUGGCACUAUAGUGCCCUGAGGGUGCCCCCACCCUCAGGGACCCCCUCCCGUCGGGCUCUGGGGAGAGGAAGGGUUUAAACUUACCUCUUUCUCCAGCACCGGGCGUGGAGCUCUCCUCCUCCUCUCCUCCCUCUUCUCCUCCUCUUCGGCUGAAUGCACAUGCGCGGCAGAAGCUGCGCGCGCAUUCAGCCAGUCCAUAGGAAAGCAUUCUCAAUGCUUUCCUAUGGACGCUGGCGUCUUCUCACUGUGAUUUUCACAGUGAGAAGCACGCAAACGCCUCUAGCGGCUGUCAAUGAGACAGCCACUAGAGGCUUUAGAGGCUGGAUUAACCUAUUUAUAAACAUAGCGGUUUCUAUGAAACUGCUAUGUUCAUUAAAAAAAAGGGUUAACCCUAGCUGGACCAGGCACCCAGACCACUUCAUUAAGCUGAUAUUAGCUUUAGGCUUUGAGGAUUUAUCAUAGCAAAGCGAUAUGAUUAGAGGGAGCAAAAUACAACAAUGUUUUUAUUUUGUUCAUUGAUUUUUGCUAGUUAUGUAUCUAGCAGGGAUAACCGGCAACAUUCUGUUCCCGUUCAGGGAGCAGACACUAGACCAGAGCCACGUGUUCAAUACGCAUGCGCUGGAAUCUCCUUGGUUACGAGGAACGCUGGCGCUUGGGCAGCGAGCCGGAAAGUGAAGGUUAGGCGUUUAGCGCCAUAAUCACUAUGGCAACCAGCCCACGUACGUAGAUAGCAAGUGUGAUUAAUGAGAUGUUGAUUUCUGGUGGUGUCUGCCCGUACGUCCGGAAGUCGGGAUGGCUGGCCCCUGUAUACAGCUGAUCUGUAAGUUUGUUUUGAUUGUUGUUCCUAUUUAAGCACAGUUUUGUAUCACUUGUUUGUUGCUUGCUGUCCUGAUGAAAGUUCCCAAGCGGAACUGAAAUGUUGAUGAUUGGAGUAAAAGAAAAGUUCUCUUUCAACAAAUCCUGGAAGUGCAAUUGAGCACCGGGUCAUUUACAAUAUGAGUAGGAGUGCAAGGUUUUUUUCUUUUUUUUUUUAUUAUAUAUUAUAUAUAUUUCAUUCUUUGUGUAUUUAUAUAUUAAUAUAUGUAAUUAUGUGUGUGUGUGUGUAUAUAUAUAUAUAUAUAUAUAUAUAUAUAUAUAUAUAUAUAUAUAUAUAUAUAUAUAUAUAUAUAUGUAUGUAAGGCCUUGGCCUGUAGUUGUGGGAGGGGCUUGAAUUCCCUUAAAAGGGCUGCCAAUCCUCUCCCAUCUUACCGUGGUCAGUCUGGCGAAUCACUUCUGACUGGACUUCCGGUUCCCUGAGUGGUUGCAGCUGUUCCAGAGUGGUUGCAGCACAGCAGCACCUCCUGACAGCUAGCGUUCCUCCUUUUGCUGUGUUUUUUUCGGCAGAAGGUGAGUAGGCAGGCCGGUAUCAUUGUACCGGCCUGCAGACCACACACAGCCUAACCCGCUGAGGUCCACGGCUGCUGUACAGGGGCAUCGGCACGGGGGAUCACGGAGUUUCCCCGCCGGGGGGCCUUGCUCCCCUGACAACUUACCCAAGUGCCCCCUCAGCCCUGCACUCACUCACUGACAAACUAACCCAAGUGCCCCCGCACUCACCGCAGUGCUCGACUCUCUGCCGGCUAACCGAGCACAAGAUCACAGAAUUUAGGCUCCUCCAGAUCACCACCGGUCGCAACCCGGGCUGUCUGCAGAUCACCUAGCUGCUGCAGAAUAACUGGCUUUCCCGCGCAAAACAGUGAGUACAGACCGGUACAGUGGUACAUCGUCGGUAUCAGCACUAUGGAACCCGCAAACCAGAAGGGGUCUCCGGCACCAUGGCCAAAGCAUAAUCCACAUAGCUCUCUGAAUAUCUGAACUCCCCCCUCAACAGACUCACCAGGGGUACAGAGGGUUGCCACAUAUCGGCUUCGCCGGCACCUCACCAGGGGCAUGCCAUGUUCGGCACGGUAGGGUUACUCAUAAAUAAGAAUUGCCAAUCUCAUCACUCUCAGCCACACGAGGCCACAUAGAAUGAUUCAUACUAACCCUGUGAGGACUAAUAUAGAUAUGGUACCAAUAAUUUAUUUAUGUUAUGUGCACAUAAUUGGGUUUUAAGGCAGAAGGGGGCAGUGGACGACUGGGAAACCGUCGAUGGAAGUUUAAGUAGAGAGAAGGGAGCCCGGUGGGGUGCGGGGGGUCAUAUGUCCCCUCUCUUUUCGAGCUAUACCUAUAUCACCGCAUCUAGCUAUGUAUCAUUUCUCCUCUGUCCGCUUCCACAGCCAAUACUUGCUCAAGACAUACUGCCUGCACACUCACAGACAUAUUUUAAAUCUCACGCUACUGACACUAUCUCACAGCCGCGAUGCACUACCCGGAUGCUAGGAGUUACCAGGGAGAUACCGAGUUAAUCUGUGGGGGGGUUACCUACCCGCCCUUCGUGCUUAGUCCUCUCACCACCUCACUCCAUAGGAGGCCUCGGUCCGUCAGCUGGUUCGUUACUUUAUCUGUUAGCUGACAUUUGUUAUGAUGUUCCCACGUGUUCAUUGCAGGAUGUUAUGCUUCUGUUUUUGACAUCAUUGCUCAAAUCCUUGGACUUAUUGGGUUGUUGAUGUGGUUUUAGGUUGUACUCAUUGAAUGUUAUUUAAUGGGCAUGGACAUCUCGCUUUCUUUAGGUGCCUUGGUCAUGCAGGUCGGUUGCUGUCAAUGCACUGCAAUUCCGUCACCUACCUCUGUCAUAUUUUCAUUGCUCAGCUAUAGGUUCUGGAGGGUUUUCCAUUUACUGUUCGGGUCCACGAUCUGGGUCACCCACAUAAUCGGUACACACAGAUACUCCAAUUAUCGUUUUACUGGGUUGCAGCACGUAUCUACUUACUCCCUCUCGCUCCUAUUUUUCUGCUUAUAAUCUCGUCCUGAAUCAAACUUUAUCAGGCAUGUUUCAUGACCCCGUUCCUUCUAUUUAGGAUACUACUGGCUUUUGAGAUGUUGGUUAACCAACUAGGUUUCUGUUUUCUGGUCUUAAUCCAUACGUUAGUGGUCCCGCGAGGCCAACACCCAUCCUCAUACUCGGAGGUAUACGUCCCCUGGCCCAAUUUAUAGGUAGCCACCUCGCAUUGUUGCAUAGGGAGGGCCUCCCUUGUCACUCCCAUUCUAUCUUAUGCUUUAGUUGUCACCAUAAUGGGGGUAACUUUAAUUCUAGGGCUGCCUUACGGAUUUAAAGGCAACAUAGGCCAAGCAAACCAAUCUGACAAACUGAUAAGGUCUAUAUUUUACCAUGUAACAUGUACCAUGUAAGGGAGAAUAAAAAAAGCAAAUAUAAACACAAAUUUUUGCCAGAGUUUGUGACUAAGUGGCUUAUAAAAAGACUGGACAUAACCCAUUUUGAAUACCCUGUGUUGUCCCUGUGUUGUUUACAAAUGGUAUGCCAUAAUGAGUUAAUUUUCAUUCCUGGGCUGCCAUACGGUCUCAAAGGUAACAUAGACCAAGCAAGCCAAUCAGCAAGCUCUUCAUUUGACCUUGUAACUUCCCAAAACACCUAGAAAACUGAACAUGGGGGCAUGCUUGUACUCGUAGGACAUCACAGAAUGCAAAUAUGUGUAUUAUUGCAGUAAAAGCUACCAGUUAAAAAGCCAUGCAGAACUUGGAAAAUAACAAAAUGUCUUGAUUUCUCACACUUUUUAAAAGAUUUUUUUUAUAGUAAAUUGUGCUCCAUUUAUAAAUAUUUGAUUUCAAAUUAAAUCCCUAUUUCUCCUGAGCAAAACAAUAUACAAUGAGUGUGGGUGCAUUUAAUAUAUAAAUAGGUGAAUAAUGAUUGAACAGACAUAUAGUCAAAUUCUAGGUUGUUUUUUUUUUGGUUGUGUUUUGGUCAGAAGUGGUUAUCAUACCACUGGGACAUAAUUUGUGGUGUGGAUAGAUCUGCAGUCAACUUGUCACCUAUCACCUAUGCAGAGAUAGCGACACUCUUGAAAUGGGGUUUAACCUGAAAUUUCACACAAUACUGUACAAAUGUAUAUGAUCAUAGAAACAUCCCAAGGACUACCUAGCUGUUUGAGCCUUUUACUAUUCUUGUUUUUUUUCUGGGAGAUUUAGGUAGCCAUGUCAGGGUUUUAGUUUUAGUUUGUUUUAUCAUCAUGCUCUUCAAUGGAUGAUGUUAUACACUUUCACAAUGUUAGAUUGUAUAAUUAAAAGCUCAAAACUGUAUUUCAUCUGACAACUCUUCUGUUUACUGGGGAACUGCUACUGACUGUGACCAUUUUUGAUCUGUGAUACCAGAUCAUCCAUGAUCAGAGCAUCUCUGGGUGCCCUUCAGAUAAACAUGUGAGUCUCUUACAUCACUGUUUCUCAAAAGCCCAUUGUAAUUCUGAACUUUCAUUAUAGCUUUCAUAGUAAUGAAAUCUCUAGAUUUCUUAUAUUAUCAGCUCGCUAAGCAAUGCGUCAUUUAUGAGUCUGUGCACUCAAAAAAUAUCCCAGCUCACUGUCAUUUUAAUUCUCCUAUGUACUGUCUACAACUCUACAUCCAUUCCACUAUACAACAAUAACUACUUUCUGUUUCUUUUAUGCAAGUAUAUUUUUUUUCACCGUGAUGAUACUGCUGCUGUGUAUUUGAAAUCUCUCAAGCAGUUUUAAAAAUUAAACAUGUUUUUUUUUUCUGAAAGGAUUAAAGGGUCAGUCUAAGCACACAAAUCACGACAAUGAGCUGGUGCCAGGAUUGCCCUGGUGCCGUCCCACAAUAAUUAGUUAAACCAUUCGAAAGGUUUGACACUUACCUUCAGACUGAUAUCCUUUUCUAUAAUCCCUAAAGUGGAUCCCUAAAGUGAAAGUUCCCUUAAUUACAUGUAUGUCAAUUAAGUAAAUUUUUUGCCAAACGGGGAUGAAUUGAUAUUACUACUGCAGAAGCGAAAACCUCCACAUUAGUGUUUUCAGAAGAAGACCAGCAAAGAAGUGUCCUGGGAGCCAGAGUAAGUGUCAAGCCAUUUAAAAAUAGUUUGGCCACUUUUAGUCAGACAAAGCCAUGGGGCUGCAGACACCAUAAUCACCACAGUAGACUGUGGAGCUUUUGGUGCCUACACUAACCUUAAAAAUGGAACUCUAAGCAACAUAACCAUUACAACCUAUCCCAGUGGUUAUGGUGCCAGAAGGCUAUGGUUGCUGGCUUUCUGGUUUUUGUCAAGUUAUUUUCAAACAAUUUUACAAAAAUUUGCUUUACUGGUACCCAAUACUCUACUAGAUCAUGUAGAUGUUUUACUUGUGAAAGGACUCUCAUUCCAACUUUUUUGUGACAAUUACUUGUAAUGGGGUUUUUACUCAUUGUAUAUUCUGAUACCUUCUAAAUAAAGAUAAUAUUGCAGCCAUGCUCUAAAUUGGAGCAAUUGUGAAAAACACGGUGCACAGCUGGUGGAACUGUUGCAAAUAUAAUUACUUACUUGUAGCAGCAGUAUGUUGUUGCUUACUCCAGAAAAGUAAUUUUGUGUGUGUAUGUUCAAUAAUGUGACUAUUCUAUGUUUGUGUUUUAUGUAUGUGGCUGUAUAAGCUGACUGAUGCUUUUGUGCUAGAAUAGUGAGUGGAGAUAUGGAAUAGUCCGUGGCAGACAGGACAAUUAUUAUACUGAGCACUUCGGCAGUGCUUUCUUAAUUUGGCAAUUUUUAUUGACAUGCAGGUAACAGCAGAUAAUGACAACAUGGUUAAAUGGUAAUAUACGCAUAGAGACAUAAGUAGUUAUGUGUACAACAAUUAGUCGACAAGUAGUAUACACAACUGUUUAUUUUUUUUAAUUCACCACACAAACAAUGUACAAGGUCUAGGAAAAUGCAUUUCUUUAAUACCAUUUUUAUAUUGCAGGUGCUUUGUAUCAUUGUAUUUGUGCCUAUAUGAGCUGUUAUAUUGUAUAUGUUCAUGAGUAGUUUGUGGUAUUGUGUAUAAUACCUAUGAAUGUCGGCUGUGCAUGGGAGCUGCUUGUACAAUUGAGUGUUGAUGGACAUGUCACAUUGUGUGCUUGGUAGGGUGUAAAUGUGUGGGGCUGCUUAGGGUAUUGCAUGUGACAGGCUGCUUGUGGAGCUGUGUGUGUGUGUGUGUGUUUAGAUUGUUAGUGGUGUUGUGUUUGUGCGGACUGUGUGUGUUUGUGUGUGAGCUGUUCAUAUUAUUUGUAUGAGGGGAGGGUUAUUCUGCAUCUCUGUGUAUAUUUAGCAAUGUGGAUGGCUUCCCUGGGGUCCAGUGGGGACCGUGCUGGCCAGGUCAACGGCAGGAACUGCAAUAGUUGCUGAGGCCUGCUCUACUCCAGUGGGGAUUCCCAUUUACAAGUGCUGGGAGGAAGUGAUCUGAGAUCACUUCCUCUACAUGCUGCAAUACAUAAAUUGAGGAUUGUUCCUCACCACCUUUUCUCAUUAGCAGAUAUCUGAAGUUCCACAAGGACUUCUGAUAGGCCAGAGAGGCCUAUCUGGCUCUAGCAGCCUUGAGUGCCGUGCAAAGAUACCACACAUGCCAUAGGUUACCUACCCCUGGUCUAGUGUAUUGUGCGUGCAUAUUUUAUUAUGCAGAAAGUUUGUGGUGAGGGGAGAUGUGCAUUAGUUGGCUGAGUUUACGUUGGUGCAACCUGCCUUAUGCAGCUCAGUUUUUUCAGCGUUCUCAUGGUUUCCAGAAGCCAGGUUACCGGCUAACGUACAGUGUGUCCAUAUAUAGUGUUGCACGUCAUGAACUAAAUCCGUGUUGUGCAUUUGUGAUUCCACGAAGGAUAUAGGUAAUGUGCAAUAAUUGUUCAUUUAUGUUCUGUGUAGUGUAUCCUCUGUCUGUUCCGUCCCUGUCUUUUAUUGUGGAUCUAUCCUUCAUCUGUACUGUCCUUGUUUUUUGUUGUUUUGUCUUGCGCCCUGUAGAAAGUUGAUCUCACUAGUUAUUCCACAUAUCUGAUUUUAAUGUAGGACAGAGUAGUGGAUAUGUUCCAGAGAAAGGGAACACACAAAGAACACAUCCUAGAUCUGAAUGAAUUAAAUAUUCUUCUGAAAUACUUUGUUCUUUACAGGGAGUGCAGAAUUAUUAGGCAAAUGAGUAUUUUGACCACAUCAUCCUCUUUAUGCAUGUUGUCUUACUCCAAGCUGUAUAGGCUCGAAAGCCUACUACCAAUUAAGCAUAUUAGGUGAUGUGCAUCUCUGUAAUGAGAAGGGGUGUAGUCUAAUGACAUCAACACCCUAUAUCAGGUGUGCAUAAUUAUUAGGCAACUUCCUUUCCUUUGGCAAAAUGGGUCAAAAGAAGGACUUGACAGGCUCAGAAAAGUCAAAAAUAGUGAGAUAUCUUGCAGAGGGAUGCAGCACUCUUAAAAUUGCAAAGCUUCUGAAGCGUGAUCAUCGAACAAUCAAGCGUUUCAUUCAAAAUAGUCAACAGGGUCGCAAGAAGCGUGUGGAAAAACCAAGGCGCAAAAUAACUGCCCAUGAACUGAGAAAAGUCAAGCGUGCAGCUGCCACGAUGCCACUUGCCACCAGUUUGGCCAUAUUUCAGAGCUGCAACAUCACUGGAGUGCCCAAAAGCACAAGGUGUGCAAUACUCAGAGACAUGGCCAAGGUAAGAAAGGCUGAAAGACGACCACCACUGAACAAGACACACAAGCUGAAACGUCAAGACUGGGCCAAGAAAUAUCUCAAGACUGAUUUUUCUAAGGUUUUAUGGACUGAUGAAAUGAGAGUGAGUCUUGAUGGGCCAGAUGGAUGGGCCCGUGGCUGGAUUGGUAAAGGGCAGAGAGCUCCAGUCCGACUCAGACGCCAGCAAGGUGGAGGUGGAGUACUGGUUUGGGCUGGUAUCAUCAAAGAUGAGCUUGUGGGGCCUUUUCGGGUUGAGGAUGGAGUCAAGCUCAACUCCCAGUCCUACUGCCAGUUCCUGGAAGACACCUUCUUCAAGCAGUGGUACAGGAAGAAGUCUGCAUCCUUCAAGAAAAACAUGAUUUUCAUGCAGGACAAUGCUCCAUCACACGCGUCCAAGUACUCCACAGCGUGGCUGGCAAGAAAGGGUAUAAAAGAAGAAAAUCUAAUGACAUGGCCUCCUUGUUCACCUGAUCUGAACCCCAUUGAGAACCUGUGGUCCAUCAUCAAAUGUGAGAUUUACAAGGAGGGAAAACAGUACACCUCUCUGAACAGUGUCUGGGAGGCUGUGGUUGCUGCUGCACGCAAUGUUGAUGGUGAACAGAUCAAAACACUGACAGAAUCCAUGGAUGGCAGGCUUUUGAGUGUCCUUGCAAAGAAAGGUGGCUAUAUUGGUCACUGAUUUGUUUUUGUUUUGUUUUUGAAUGUCAGAAAUGUAUAUUUGUGAAUGUUGAGAUGUUAUAUUGGUUUCACUGGUAAUAAUAAAUAAUUGAAAUGGGUAUAUAUUUGUUUUUUGUUAAGUUGCCUAAUAAUUAUGCACAGUAAUAGUCACCUGCACACACAGAUAUCCCCCUAACAUAGCUAAAACUAAAAACUACUUCCAAAAAUAUUCAGUUUUGAUAUUAAUGAGUUUUUUGGGUUCAUUGAGAACAUGGUUGUUGUUCAAUAAUAAAAUUAAUCCUCAAAAAUACAACUUGCCUAAUAAUUCUGCACUCCCUGUAUAUAGUUGAAUGUGCUGACAACAAAAUCACACAAAAAUAAAAAAAUGGAGGUCUGCAUUUGGAGUCACACUCAAAAUUAAAGUGGAAAAACACUACAGGCUGAUCCAACUUUGAUGUAAUGUCCUUAAAACAAGUCAAAAUGAGGCUUAGUAGUGUGUGAGGACUCCACGUGCAUGUAUGACCUCCCUACAAUGCCUGUGCAUGCUCUUGAUGAGGUGGGGGAUGGUCUCCUGAGGGAUCUCCUCCCAGACCUGGACUAAAGCAUCUGCCAACUCCUGGACAGUCUGUGGUGCAACGUGACAUUGGUGGAUGGAGCAAGAUCUGAUGUCCCAGAUGUGCUCAAUUGGAUUCAGGUCUGGGGAACGGGCGGGCCAGUCCAUAGCAUCAAUGCCUUCGUCUUGCAGGAACUGCUGACACACUCCAGCCACAUGAGGUCUAGCAUUGUCUUGCAUUAGGAGGAACCCAGGGCCAACCUCACCAGCAUAUGGUCUCACAAGGGAUCUGAGGAUCUCAUCUCGGUACCUAAUGGCAGUCAGGCUACCUCUUGCGAGCACAUGGAGGGCUGUGCAGUCCCCCCAACGAAAUGCCACCCCACACCAUUACUGACCCACUGCCAAACCGGUCAUGCUGAAGGAUGUUGCAGGCAGCAGAACGUUCUAAAUUGGAAUUAAUGCCGGACUCAAAUUCCUGGGCGUUCAAAAUAUAGCCGUCAUGAUAGGCAACUGCAAUAUAGGUGUACGUGAGUAAAAGGCUAGUGCACUUCUUGGCUAUGCUCACGGUACCCAUUAGGCCUCCGCUAUACUGGUAAAGUCCCUCCAGCCCACCCCAAGCAUGGUGGGAAAUUCCAACAUAUCACUAGUUGCCGCAAGCAAGACCACAGCACACAUUGGCAGGGUAUAAUUACGUCACUGUGCUGCUAAUACUGUGUCUGCCAUAUUUGGGUGGCGACAUAUUUUGAAUGUUUGCCCACUGACAAAGAAAUGAUCAGUCUAUAAUUUUAAUGGUAGGUGUAUUUUAACAGUGAGAGACACAAUAACAACAAAAAAAUUCCAGAAAAACGCAUAUCAAAAGUUAAAAAAGUUAUAAAUUGAUUUGAAUUUAUAAGAAGCCAACCCAGUUACAACUCGCCUACAAGCCCAAGCUGCUGAAGCCAGUACACCGGUCUGACCAUUACCCCUGACUACGACUAUGGAACGUAGACUGGGACACCCCAGUGGAGUUUGGGAGGGAGACCAGAGAGGACCUGUCCCUACACCAGCAUAGGGCCAAAACAGAAACUGGGCAAGUAGGACUGGAUGGGGAGAAGUUUAUCUGGGAACAAGAGAAGCUAUAUAGGAUAACAGAGACCGACAAAGCUGGAGCUGCCUUAUCCCAGAAGCGACAACUGGUUGUCCCCUGGAAAUAUUGGUUGGAACUUUUGAGGAUUGGACACGACAUACCUCUGGCCGAGCACUUAGGAAUCCACCGCACAUCCCACCGAGUGUUCCAGAGAUUCUUUUGGCCAGGAUUCUCGGGAUAUGUGCGACAAUAUUGUAGGACCUGUGACGUAUGUCAACGAGUAGGGAAAAGAGGAGACCACCCUAAAGCCCAUCUAUCCUCCAUGCCCAUCAUCAACGAGCCGUUCAGUCGAGUAGCAGUGAACCUGGUAGGUCCACUAUCAAAACCCAGCCCAUCUGAUAGAAUAUAUAUUCUUACCGUGGUGGACUAUGCCACCCGCUAUCCAGAGACUAUUGCCCUUUCAAAUAUUCAGGCAGACACGGUAGCUAGCGCCCUGGUUGGCAUUUUCUCUCGGGUGUGGUUCCCGAAAGAAAUUCGGACACAAUUUACUUAAAGUAAAGAGGGGGAAGUCAGUGGUCAAGCAAAUGCUGAGGACCUUUACUGACAAAUACAGAGACUGGGAGAGAUUCCUGACGCACCUUUUGUUCGCUUAUCGAGAGGUACCACAGGAAUCCACUGGGUUCUCCCCCUUUGAGUUGCUGUAUGGGAGAAGGGAUGCGAGGCCCCAUAAAUCUCAUUCGGGAACACUGGGAGGGGGGAGUAUAACAUGAGGGAACUCCCAUCUUGCCAUAUGUACUGGAACUUCGGGACCGUAUGGAGCAGUUGGCCCAGAUGGCAAAGGCAAACCUCCAGGUGGCCCAGGUGCGACAGAAAGUUUGGUACAAUCAGGAUGCCCACCAGCGUACAUUCCAGGUGGGCCAAAAGGUCCUAGUUUUGAAACCAACUAGACAGGAAAAGUUACAGGCAGCAUGGCAGAGCCCUGAUAAGAUGGUGGAACAAUUAUGUGACACCACUUACAUAAUUGCCAGCUGUGCGACGAGGAGAUUUUUCGGUCAUUCCACGUUAACGCGUUGAAGGAAAACCAAGAAAGGCAGGAAGAUAUUGCGGCCGUAUGUGCCCCAGCCACUGACGACCCUGACAAUCCCUUGCCUGACCUGUUAGAAAGGAACUCCAAAAACGGACCUCCUUAGCCAGGUAAAGCUAAGGGACCGGUUAUCAACCAGAGAAAGAGUUCAGGUCCACCAUUAGCCACGCAUAGGGUAGAAACCCCUGGACCAUAUUCCCUUACCAUUUUCCUGAGACUGUUAGAGAGGAAUUGCGGGGAGAAAUACAGGAGAUGCUGAAACUAGGGUUUAUAGAACCCUCGGACAGUCUGUGGGCCUCCCCUGUUGUCCUCAUACCCAAGAAAGAUGGAACCACCCGGUUCUGCGUGGACUACCAGAGACUAAACGAUUGGACUGUGACAGACGCCUAUCUGAUGCCCUGGGAAUUAUUAGUUCAUAUCGCGAGGGGAAAAUAUCUGACCACCAUAGAUCUCUGAAAAGGUUACUGGCAGAUUCCCCUGGCCGAGGAGGCUAUCCCCAAGUCAGCCUUUGUCACCCCGAUUGGCCUGUACCAAUUUAAGGUGUAGCGGAUUUUGUUGGGCUGUCUUUAAAUAUUCUUACUAAUAAGGUCGUUUUCGUUUCAUGUAUUUUAUAUAUUUCUGUAUUGUAUGAAGCAUUCGGCUGAUUAUUCGGUAAAACCACUCCAUUCGGCAUACGAACAAACUACCGAACAAUCAGACCACCGCAUAGAGAAGUGUGCCUCUAGGUUACCCCCCUAAUCGAUGCUAACCACAGUCUUAUUAGCAAGUAGACAAAUGCUCUGUGUGUGUUCCCUGGGUGGCCGCUGUCCGGCAUACGAACACGUUGCAGCGGCCAUCUUGCCAUAAGAAUGCCCAGAGAUAUUUAGUCGUUGAGUGUCUGGAACCCAAAUCGGACACUCGACUACGCGAACACUGCUAAGACCUCCAAAGUUCCAUAAUUGCCGAACCAAAUACAUGAAUAGCCUGCCGUUCGGUUAAAUGAAUCCCACGAACAAGGGGAUUCAUCCGAACAUCAGUAUAGCCAUGGAUGGGAAGGAUUUUCGUAUCUUUUAACCCACGAACAAAGACCGACCGCAAGGCCAAAAUAUAUGGAACUGAUUUCGGCUACUGCCUCGUGUGCGGUCGGUCAAAUGAACACUUCCACCUAACUUCCGAACCCCUGGUCCGAUAUGGGUGAUUUUUGAAUCUCACUAUAACCAUGGAUUACCAUUGCCUUUUUCUGCAUUCAACUAUGUGCUCAGGACAUUGCAUUCCCCUUUAUUUUGUUUCUCCCUGUCAUUCCCUUCCGAACAAACCACCUGUACCAGAAGUGUGCUACCUAUUAACAUUAUGUAUUCAGUACACUUCGAACUUCCGAACAGUCAAAACCGUCCGAAUUGAGUCUAAGGGAUCGCCAUUUGACAUUUGAACACGUGGCGGCGGCCAUCUUAAGCCGCGAGCACAAUGAACGGUAUUUGGUCAUCAAGUGUAUGGAACUUAAAUCGGACACUCAAUGGCGCGAACACCGUUAAACAUUCACCUUCCAUGGAUGUUCGACUAUUCGAACGGAGUCAAACGGCGUUCGGUGAAAAUAAACUCCUGAAUGAGGGAAAUAACCUAAAACUACUUCUGAAGCUGUAUUUUCAAUAAUUUGUGUUUUACUUCGAAUUUGCGAAGUAAACCGACCGCACAGCCUUAUUCUCUGGAACUGUUUUGGGCAUGAGACCAUUCAUGUGGACGGUCAAAAUGUGAUUUCCAUAAAAUUCCUGAACCCCUGAACUGAUCUGUGUGAUUUUUUGAAAUGUUGGUCACCCAUAUCAGGGCUAUCAGGGGAUGUAACAAUUGUGGGGAUUUUAUGUGUUUUGGGGUACUUUUGGGGUUUUAUAAAAAUAUGUGUUUUUUUUCUGCCUGGAGAUAAUUGAGUUAAUACAGUAUCUGACUCAAUUAUCUCCCAGGCAGAGGGGGAGGGGGAUUGUAUGCCAUGUGUAGGAGUGCCUUAUAUUGUAUCACUGUUAUUAUUGGUGUAUAAGUUUGUGUCACAGUCCCCAACAAGGCCCAUGUGGGUGUCACCCUUGCAAAAAAGGCAAGUAUGGCUCCAUUAAACCAGACCAUCUUUACCUUCAACAUAGAGCCUCACCUCGUGUUUGUAGGGACCUGCUAUAGCUAUAAGCACUAGCUCUUAUAAGAGUUUCACAGCUAUACCUACUCUUAACUGCUUGGAUUGAUGGUUGGGAAUGCAUCAGCGCUCUCUACUCUAGGGGGAAAGGACAUGUCUGGCAGCGGAAACCCCUUGUCACGGUAGUUUACCAAUACACGCAAGACUUAGUCCAACAAUCGACAGAUAGAGCAGAUACAACUUACUGGACCUUAGAAUGGCCGGACUCGCCGUAAAGCAGAGAAUAGACAGAGUCAAGAACAAGCCGAGGUCACGGGAACAAAGAGACUGCGAGAACAAAAACUAGCCAAGGUCUGGUACACAGUAGUCAGUAAGCCGGCAAACAAGACAAAACAGGGAUAGAGAGAUAAACGGAGUCAGAUACAAAGCCAAGGUCAAGCACGAAAAUCACAACUGAACACAACAAGCGCUAAAGGGAACUGAAACAGAAACCACGAUAGGGCAGGGAGUUAAGGGAGAGGUAAGUAUAAAUACCCUAAACUUUACAUUGAGUGGCCCCUGUCAUAUCCACACCCCCAAAAUGUGAGUGUCUGGGGAAUGUGGGAUGACAGGGGCCAAUGGGAGCACUUUUUAUUUUUUGGCUCCCACUGCUCCUUUAAGAGCGUGCCCGAGACGCGCGGCACGCUCUUAGAGCUAGGCGGGACACGUGACCGCAUCUCGCGGUCCGUGCCCGCCUUCAUUCGAGAGCCGCAAGCGGCAGGAAGAGAGGACCUCGGACCCUGGGUAAGGUAAGUACCGCUACAGUGCCACCCCUGAAGACAUGCCCACCGGGCGGGGAGGACCAGGCCUGGAAGGAAAAUGAGAAUGGAAGGAACGCACAAGGCGAGGAGCAUGAACAGCGUCAGCGGGAAGCCAACUGCGUUCCUCAGGCCCAUAACCCUUCCAAUGCACCAGGUACUGGAGUCGACUCCUGAGAAAACGAGAGUCAAGUACAGCAGCUACUUUGAAUUCCUCAUGACCCUCCACAGAAACAGGAGGAGGAUGAGGAACAUGCUGGGUAUAGCGGUUACACAGGAGGGGCUUUAACAAGGAGGUGUGAAAGAUGUUAGGAAUACGCAGGUUCUUAGGAAGAUCCAAGGCAUAUGAAACAGGAUUAACUCUAUGCAAAAUACGGAAAGGACCUAUAAAACAGGGGGCCAACUUCAUAGAAGGUACAUGAAGGCGGAUAUUGCGAGUGGAAAGCCAAACCCUGUCCCCGACGACAUAGGACGGAGCCCCCCUGUGAUGUUUGUCAGCUUGAACCUUUUGGCGAGCAGCGGAGUCCACCAAAGAACGCUGAACCUGCUCCUAAGUAGUACGUAAACCAGCCAAAUGUUCAUCCAGAGCUGGCAUGCCCUGUAAGGAGAAUGCAGCUGGAAGAACAACAGGAUGCCAGCCAUAAACAACGUAAAAAGGGCUUUUACCGGAAGAUUCAUGGGCAGCGUUAUUACGAGCAAAUUCAGCCCAAGGAAGCAGGUCAGCCCAAUUGUUCUGAUGGUGGGAUACGAAACAAUAACGAUACUGCUCUAGGGACUGGUUAGCACGUUCAGCAUCUCCAUUAGACUGGGGGUGGUAAGCAGAAGAAAACAAGAGAGAAAUACCCAUUUCUGAACAAAAAGCUCUCCAGAAUAAAUUGACGCAGGUUCUUAGGAAGAUCCAAGGCAUAUGAAACAGGAUUAACUCUAUGCAAAAUACGGAAAGGACCUAUAAAACGGGGAGCCAACUUCAUAGAAGACACAUGAAGGCAGGAAUGCCAUGCAAACGAAACACCUCCCUGGCGAAGAUAGAAGCAAGUUCCUUGGAUGAGGGCAAUUUGACAAGAGACACAAAAUGAGCCAUCUUAGAAACAGGAUGACUGUUUUGCCAUUCGAAGGAGGCAAUUCAACAAUGAAAUCCAUGGAUAGAUUGGACCAAGGCCUCUCGGGUAUGGGCAACGGGUGCAACAACCCACAAGGAACUCUAUGAGAAGACUUCAUACAGGCACAAGUAGUACAUGCCCGAACGUAAUCGGUGAUAUCCUUGCGUAAGGAAGCCCACCAAAAAUAUCUAGAAACUGCUUUUAAGGUUUUAGUAACACCAGGAUGUCCAGCAGUUUUGGCGUCAUGAUAUAACGACAUAAUGUCCCGUCUUUCGGGAACAUCAACAAACAGUUUAUAAGUAGGUUUCUCACUGGGUGCCAUGUUUUGUUUAGCCUGUAUAACUUGUAAGAAUGAAGAAGAAAUAUAUAGAACUGUAGUAGCUAUUAUUCUGUCCGGGGGAAUGACAUGGGUAUUAUCAAACUCUUGUUUGUUGGUAGUUUCGAAUUGUCUAGACAGAGCGUCAGCUUUAGUGUUACGAUCACCUGGUCUGUAGGUGAUGAUAUAAUUGAAAUGAUAUUAGAACAGUGACCACCUGGCCUGCCUAGAAGACAAUAUUUUGGCUUCACUAAGGUAGGAAAGGUUUUUGUGAUCCGUAAAAAUGAGGAUGGGGUCCUUAGUACCUUCUAAAAGAUGUCUCCACUCCUUGAGUGCUAAAACAAUAGCAAGGAGUUCUUGAUUGCCUAUGUCAUAGUUCUUUUCGGCUUUGGACAUCUGUUUGGAAAAGAAGCCACAAGGAUGUAAUGGCUUAUCAGGUGAUUCUCUUUGAGAUAAGACAGCACCUACGCCAGUAUCCGAAGCAUCAACUUCAAGAAUAUAAGGCAAAGAAGGGACAGGAUGCUGUAAAAUAGGAGCAGAGGCAAACGCGGUUUUAAGAAAUUCAAAGGCCUAGCGCCUCUGGGGACCAGACACAAGUAUUGCCAUCCUUUUUAGUCAUGCGUGUUAUAGGCGCUACAAUAGAAGAAAAUCCUUUAAUAAAGCGUCUAUAAUAGUUAGAAAACCCAAGAAAACGCUGAAUGGCUUUCAGACCCUGAGGUAAAGGCCAUUCCACGACAGCAGAAAGCUUCUGGGGAUCCAUACGAAAACCUUUAGCAGAAAUUACAUAACCUAAAAACUGUACUUCGGAUUGGUCAAAUAAACAUUUUUCUAGUUUACAAUAAAGACCAUUAACAAGAAGGGUUUUCAAGACUGUUUUAACAUGCAUGUGAUGAGUAUGUAAAUCUGUUGAAUAUAUUAAUAUGUCGUCCAAGUACUCUAUCACAAAUGAGUGAAUGAACUCUCGUAAGACGUUAUUAAUAAAUUCUUGAAACACUGCUGGGGCGUUACAAAGACCGAAUGGCAUCACAGUAUACUCAUAAUGACCACUCCUAGUAUUGAAUGCAGUUUUCCACUCAUGGCCCUUUUUUUAUACGUAUGAGAUUGUAUGCACCUCUAAGGUCCAAUUUAGUUAACACAGUAGCUUGUUUAAGCCUGUCGAAUAAUUCCGUGAUUAAUGGUAUAGGGUAAGCAUUUUUUAUAGUGAUUUUAUUUAGGCCCCUAUAAUCAAUACAAGGUCUUAAAUCGCCCUCCUUCUUCGACACAAAGAUGAACCCUGCCGGAGAAGAGGAUCUUCUUAUAAAUCCCUUUUGUAGAGAUUCUUUAAUAUAUUCCUCCAUGACACGAUUUUCUUGCGGAGACAAAGGAUACACCCUGCCCUUGGGAGGUAUAGUGCCAGGCAAUAUAUCAAUAGCACAAUCGUAGGGUCUAUGAGGCGGUAACUUUUCAGCCUCCCUUUUAUCGAAGACAGACUUAAGACACAUGUACUGAGGAGGUAUAACAGUAGACAAAGGAGGAGGAGUAGGAACAUUAAUAGAAUUCAAAGGGGUGAUUUUAAUUAUACUCUUGGCAGGUGUCACUCCAAGAUACUAUUUAUCCUGACUCCCAGUCAAAAUUGGGAUUGUGAGAACGUAACCAUGGGUACCCUAACACAAUAUGAGAGGAAGGAGAGGUGAUGACCUGAAACUGAAUGGUUUCUGAGUGUAACAUCCCUGUAUACAUAUGCAACGGUUCAGUUUCAUGUGUGAUAACUGGGGAGCAUAAUGGUCUACAAUCUAUGGCCUCAACGGCCAUGGGUGUCUUUUUCUCUAUAAUGGGUAUUUUGUUUUUCCUAACAAAUCUAGAGUCUAUGAAAUUCUCAGCUGCCCCGGAAUCAACCAGGGCUAGUAUGUUUCUUGCUAUGCAAUUAUUCUCCAGAUGCAGAGAAACAGGGAGAAGUAGUCGAUUAAGAGGCCAAUUUGGGGACUUAGAUAUCACACCCAAGGCCAGUCCCCUAUAUGACCUUAGGUGCGAUAGUUUUCCGGAAGCACGGGACAUUCUUUUAGCAUAUGACCCUUCUUACCACAGUAUAGGCAAAGUCCCUCCUUUCUCCUAUACAAUUUUUCGGCAUCAGAGAGUUUGGCAACCCCUAAUUGCAAGGGUUCAUUCUAUGUUUCUAUUGGGAGGGUAGUGGAUGCAUGGAAUAGCCUUCCAGCUGAAGUGGUAGAGGUUAACACAGUAAAGGAGUUUAAGCAUGCGUGGGAUAGGCAUAAGGCUAUCCUAACUAUAAGAUAAGACUAGGGACUAAUGAAAGUAUUUCGAAAAUUGGGCAGACUAGAUGGGCUGAAUGGUUCUUAUCUGCCGUCACAUUCUAUGUUUCUAUGGUUCCUCCUCUGAUACCUUGAAACUCUCAGGAUUAGCAACUCUAGGAGUAUUUAAUGUAACAAAACGUCUAUUCCUAUUCUUAGUAUAGAGUCUGUCACGAAUCCUAUUGUCUAUAUCAAUGAGGUAGUCGAUAAGGUCCUCUAAUGGGAUAGGAAGAUCCCUAGCUGCUACCUCAUCCAAUAUAGUAUCAGAUAGUCCUUCCAUGAAUGCUGUAGUUAGCCCAUUGUUGGUUCAAUCUACCUGCGAAGCAAGGGUACGAAACUGAAUAGCAUAAUCAGCAACAGACCUAGAACCCUGUUUAAUUCUCAUUAAUGCCCUGGCGGCAUUCUUUGACCUUUUAGUUGUGUCAAAGGUUCUACGAAAAGCCAUAAGGAAGCUAUCGAAAUUAUGCACCAUAGGUCCAUUAGCCUCCCAAAUAGGAUUUGCCCACUCAAGUGCUUUAUCAGUAAGUUGGUGCAUAAAGAAUCCAACUUUACACCCCUCCACUAGUAGGGUGGCCGUUACAUCAUCCUUUCUUUCUAAACUCUCAUUUAAUGUCUUCUUCUCAGGUGCAACCUCCACACUGUCUGUCUCAGUUGUGGUUUCCCUGUGCUCUGUUUUAUUCGCUAUUUAUAGUACCUAUUUUGGUAACAAUAUUAAUUCCUUUGGAUUUCAAUAAAUAUCCUUUCUACCCUGACCUCUCUCCUACCCUCCUGAAACACAUCACAAACUGCCUUUCUUCCGUCUGUAAUUGGAUGUCUUCCUGUUUUCUAAAACUUAAUCUUUGAAAAACUGAACUCCUCAUCUUUCCUCCAUUACAUAGUCCAUGUCCAUUCAUCUCCCUGCAUGUCAAUGGGUCAUCUAUAAGCCUAUCUUCUCUAGCUUGCUGCCUUGGAGCUACCUUUGACUCAUUACAUCUUUUUCUCCUCACAUCAAGUAGGUCUUCAAAUUUUGUGACUUUCACCUUAAAUUUUUUUACCCUUUUCUAAUUCAAGAUACAACUAAUGCACUUGUUCAUGUACUCAUCAUGUCUCUACUGUAGAAUCUCCAGGGGUUGCUCAUAUAAUUCCCUACCCUGUGUUAUCAGACUCUCCCCUAUCCUCCAGUCCUUUAAGGAGUCACUGAAAACACAAAUCUUUAAGAAAUCCUACCAUCUUCCUGGGUGACACCCAUAUCGAUUGCCCUUCUCAUUUCCUUUGCCUCCAUAGCCCGGCUCCCUCUCCUUCCUUCCACUGUAUAUAUUUUCCACACAGCAAUGUAAGUGGCAUAUUUUGAUAUGGGCUUCUAAGCCAUCAAUCCCUACUUCCUCUGAUAGGCUGUUAUUCCUCUUAUCUUUCUACACCAUUUCCUCAUAGAUUCAGCAGCGGAAAUACUGCCAUAUAGCAGCACCGGGGCCCGCACACUGAGGGGGCCAGUCAGGUGGCCCAUAUCCUGGGGGCCACCCAAUGGGCUUUUGAUUUCAGGGGCCUGGUCGUGUGCUACAAUGUUCUAACAAUGUGACCGGGCCCCUUCAAUGAUGGAGCACUGGGAGGAAGUGAGAGCUAGUCACUUCCACUUAGAGAGGAGGUGGGAGAGUGACUCGAAAUCAUCUCAGCCAGCAUACUGGACUCCAAGGAAUCUACCCUCCUGCACCCAAUAAGGUAUAAAAAUGUAGGGUGGCUAAAAAAGUUUAUAUUUUGAACAGUGUGUUUCUGUAUCUGUGUUAGUGUGUGUUUCUUUGUAUCUGUAUAUCCUGUGUUUGUGUCUGAUUGUGUGUUAGUGUGCGUAUCUGUGUAUCUGAAUGUGUGCAUCUGUGUCUGUGCAUCUGCAUGUGUGUCAGUGUAUCUAAAUGUCUGUUAGUGUGUCUGCCAAUGUUUUUAUCUGUGUUUGUGUAUAUGCAUCUGUGUUAGUGUGUCUCUGCAUGUAUGUCAGAGUGUGUAUAUGUUUAUGUGUGGCAGUGUAAAUGUUUAUCUCAGCAUUCAAACACCAACACUACAUACAAACACACCCAUGCAUUCAAACGGCAACCCUACAUUAAAACACACGUCUACAUUCACACAUACAUACUCCAUACAAAAACAUGCUUGCAUUCAAACACAAACACUGCUCAGUGCUAAAUACAACUCAGUAAGGGUGGGCAAAUAGUAGAUCCUCAGCUGGCAAAGCAUUGUAUUUUGCAUUGUAUGACAGAUGGGCAUCUACAUUUUGGCCAUCUUUGCCAUGUUAGUACAACCACAGCAUAAAUUGUAAGGUCGUUUGAGAAGGGCUUUUAUCACUUCUUGUAUCUGUUAAUAUUUUGUAUGUCAACUACUUGUUGUCAACUAUCCAUAUUUUACAAUUGUAAAGUGCUGCGGAAUUAUUUUUAGCACUAUAUAAUUAUAUAUAAUUAACCUAUAACCCUAUAACAUAUUGUAAUACCUACUUAUGUCCGUGUACCAGGGCCACCACCAGAAAUUUUGGGGCCCCUGACAAAGCACAAGGUCUGGGCCCGCCCCCCAGAGUAUGUGUCAGUGUAGUGGAUGUAGAGUAUGUGUCAGUGUAGUGGAUGCAGAGUGUGUGUCAGUGUAAUGAAUGCAGAGUGUGUGUUAGUGUAAUGAAUGCAGAGUGUGUGUUAGUGUAAUUAAUGCAGUGUGUGUGUGUGUUUACUAGUGUAUGCAUGUAAUGUAAUAAUGUAAAUGUAAUACGUUAUUCCCCCCUCCCUGCUUCUUACCUGGUCCAGGGAGGGGGAAGAUUCCAUGAUCCCUGGUGGUCCAGUGGCAUUGUGGGGCCCCCCGGCUCCCCGUAUUUGCAGAGAGGGCCCAGCAGACUGCAGCUGUACUUUACAGCUCUUCCCUCUCUCUAACUCCCGCGAGCGUGGUGUGCGUGCCGCGCAGAGCGUUGCCAUGGUAACCCGUGGCAACGCUCUGACGGCCGCACAUCUCGCUGGAGUUAGAGAGAGGGAAGAGCUAUAAAGUACAGCUGCAGUUUGCUGGGUCCCCUCUGCAAGUACAGGGAGCCGGGGGCCCGCGGCUGCACAUAUGUAUAGCAAUCAUCGCUAUAUGGUUGUCACCCCCUGAUGGUGGCCCUGCCGUGUACUACCCAAUCAUUUAUCACACUAGUGUCAUUCACCCAUCCAAUCACAUAUCAUUCAUCCAAACCAAAAUGCCUUAUGAACAGAUUUCUCGAAUUAAAUCAGAUUAAUUGAAUUUUUUCACCUUCUAUGUCUUCUAUAUUUUUUCACCUUGUGUGUCUGCUAUGUUAGGACACCAUAAUGGUUUGAAGCCACCCCGGGUACAAAUACUCACCUAUCCGGGAAUCACGAUUGACAACUCAGGCGGUCCCCCAGCAGCCAAUCCGGUCCUUCCAGGCCAUGUGAUUGCGAUGAUAUUGCGAUCACAUGGCCAGAUUGGCAGUAAAUUGAACUGCCUGCAGAGGAACUGCCUGGACUGUCAGGCAGUCUCCCAAAGCUGCAAAAAAGCUGGAAAUAAUAAAAAAAAUAAAAAAAAUUAUGCUAAAUAACUAUCAUAAGGAAAAUAUAUUGACACUCAUCAGGCUUACAGUCUAUGAGUGCUUGAUUUCAUAGUGAGUAAUUUCUGGGUCUUGACAUCCAUGGUGACCAGUUUUUCUCUUAGCCAGGUUAUAAUCCCAGCUGGGUACUGAGUGCUUGAUUUCAUAGUGAGUAAUUUCUGGGUCUUGACAUCCAUGGUGACCAGUUUUUCUCUUAGCCAGGUUAUAAUCCCAGCUGGGUACCUGAUAAAUGGUAGGCAUAUGUGUUGAUGACUUGGAUCUUGUUCUUGCCAUUGAGCUGGGAUUUCAGGAUCUGUCUGACUCUCUGGAGGUACUUGGAUGUUGCUAUCCUUCUUGCAUCUUCCUCAUUGUUGCCAUGUGUUGUGGUGCACUCUGGUACUUGUAGCUGUUCUUUAUAUCUUCUAUUUGGCUUUUGUGGUAAUUGAACUCCUCCUUUCCUGAUCAUCUUCCCUUUUUUUCCUAUCAACCGCCCACACUUAUCUAGUCCGAACAACAUUCCUAUGUCUUUGCUAUAUAUCCCACUUGCCCAUCAAGUUAGUUAAAAAAAAUUUUUUUUAUAAUUCUUUAUUUUUGUUGUGCAGAUAGUGAUAUACAUUUAAACUUGCAGCGCCACGACACAGCAACAAGUGUGAAACACAAAAUGUUAAAUCUGGACAUGGCAUGCUAUAACUCUGCACAUUUUUAAAGUAUGAAGUAAAUAGGCUAAACAAACAUGGCUAUAUCAUAUUGCUAAUAAGAGAUAGGUACUUAGUUUAGACAUGUUAAGAUGAGGAAUACAGUAGAGUAUACCACCCCAGACAGCCCCCAAUACACAUGAAUAAUACCCUAUAGAAAUGGCAGCAUGAUAAAUUGCAUUAUCCCCUGGGACAUGCCGAGGGUUGAGGGUAAGGGGCAACGCUCAUAAGUAACGAAAGUAGAGAAAACAAGAAGUCUGAUACGCGAAAUGGACAUUUUUUGAAAAGGCUAACAAAAUGGACACUCUCCUUGCCAGGAUGCUACGACCCAGGCAUGAACGGUCUCACAUCACAGCCAUCAGACAUUCAGAUGGCAAGACAAAAUCGAAGCUGACUGAGAUAGCUAGGGUAUUCGAAGAUUUUUAUAAACGGUUGUACAAUCACACACCUGACGGACAUUUUCAUGAGGGGCAAGAGGAGGAACAUAUCCUCAAAUACCUAGAUAACCUAGGGUUGACCAAACUGAGCAGAGAGGCGGUAAGUGGUCUGGCAGCGGACAUCGACGAAGAUGAAGUAGAUAAAGCCAUAUCGAGCUUGAAAGGGAACAGAGCACCCGGGCCAGACGGAUUUGAUGGAGCAUAUUACAAAACCUUCAGGGAGGAGCUUACACCUCAUCCAGUGCGACUGUUAGACAACAUAAGGCGGGGAGGACAACUGGACCCUGAUAUGUCCCUAGCCACUAUCGUACUUUUAGAUAAUGGAACCAGGGCUUGUACAAAAAAGAAAAUAUUAAAUACAAAUAUAUCUUAUAAUAGUGAAUAGCUGCUAAACAUUCAGAGAUUCCUAUUCGACUUAACACACAAAACAAAUUAAGAAUGUAGCGCUUAUGUGUAAAGAAAUGAAUCACCUUUUAGAGUUUGGAGCAAAGUUUCACUGAAAAAUCGGCAGGAAAAAUAUCUAGAAAAGAUAAUCAUACAUAGUAUAGAUCACACUUAUAUACAUUUAUUAUUAGUAAGUAGUAUAUAAACUCACAAACGGAGAGCUAUGGACUUAGCUCUAGUUUGAAUAGCCUCUGGGUCCAUACAGGUGACCCACCCCUCCUCACGAUAUGUUUCUGAGGUCUGUGGAUGAAUAGAAAUACACCCAAUUGCGCAGUAUAGUUUAUAAUAUCUCUGAGAAAUAUAUAUGGUCUUUAAGUGGGUACUCACAAGUGUGGAGUCAAGAUAUAUUGACUCAAUUUCGUAGCGUUGUGCAGAUUCGGGACUGCACUUCCCGUUCAAUAUAACGAUAUCGGGAACCAGGAUCGUUAAAAGUAAUAAAAGAUUUUAUUAAUACACUCAUAUAUAUAAAUAAAAAAGCCUCAAUGUGCUAAAAAAUACCGGGACGCGUUUCGCCACUACAAACGUGGCUUCUUCAAACUGGAUUGUGAUAAAGCAAUGAUCCUGGAACUCCUCUUCUCAAGUUUAAAUAUCCAAAAAAACGGCGGGCAAAUUCCAAAGCAGGGGGCGGGGCCGGGCCGCCGAGCCGAACGGCUGCAACUCACGCCGGCUCCGGCGUAGAAAAGCCUAAAACAGCAUGAAACCUUCAAAAUACUCACGAUCCAUGCCGAAAACCGACACCAGAUAGGUAACCCGGCAGAGAGGAACCGGGGAGUGCAACGCUAGGGCACAUAUUGAACCUCCGGCUCACACAGUGACCCCGGAGGCCUCAACCACGCUACAAGAGCGGGACCCACGGCAUGCAAGCAAGGCGAGGGUGACCUGGCCCGGCCCCGCUCCCCCCCCCACCCGGCCGGGGGGGUGAUCCCGGCCCAAAGUCGGAACAUCGGAGGCUGGAGGAGAAGGCACGCCCGGUACACGACGCUCCUGUACACGGAGCUAAAAUGGCCGACGGAUACACAGUACCCGCACAGCAUUACGGGACGACUCGCACACAGCAGAAAUCCCGCGCUGGGAUACCGGGACCCCCGGGACGGCGGAGCUCACUACUGGACCACCCCGGGCGGCGGACGAGUCGCUGGAAAGCCGGUCCUGAACCCCGGAUUUGGUGGGGGUCCGGGAGAAACAACCCCCAACUCUGUGAGCCCGGUGGAGCUGAGAAGCGCGGGCCAGCCGGCGGACCGGUGGCCGGAGGGCACGCGCCGGCAACAUGUAAGUAGCCGGAGGAGGAGGUGGCAAGUCAGGGCUGGGGCCCCAAGGAGGCCAUGCUGAAGCUGGGGAGGUGCAGGAGGCGGGAGCCCAGUGGACUCUAAGGUGGGGAGGCCGCCGGACAUCUCCGGCCUCCGAGUGCCCACAGCGGGGUUGUGCCCCCUAAAGAUGCGGAAACACGACUUGGGGUGGGAAAGGGAGGGCACUGUCACACCCGGGGAACCCGGAGAGACUCAGGGGGGGUACAGCUGACCCACCAUGUGCAGCAUCAUUCAGAGGUAGCCAUGGGAAGGUCAUACCAGAAUAAAAGCUGCGAAGAAGACUGCCAAUUUCACACCAGAUGGCUUCAACAUACCGGGCGCCAUUACGCCCCCUCCAGCGAAGUGACUUAUAUGUUAAAAGUUCAAAUGUGUUUAGCUAGGGCUAACCAGGCUAAUGUUUCCCCUUGCAUAAGCCCUUGUACAUAGGAUAUAAUAGUUGCACAUUCAUUUCACAGCGUGCCUGUGGCGCAGUUGAUAGGGCAAUGACACAAUGCUAACAGCUACUUAACACCGCGUUACUUAGUACCGCUUAUUUAAUGGCACGAAACAUGACGUGAUUUAUUAACUACACAUAAGGCCAUCAGCUACGCGCAUCUUAAUGUUUAAUUGUUUAUUGCAUGAUCAGCUACAGUUUACCUCAGAUUGACACAUUAUAGGAUGUUGUUACCUUUUAUGCUGUAAUGCUUAGAAAUGUAUUCCUGCAAAGUUCAAGUACGCCUAUAUGUUCUGAUCAUUACGCCUCUGCGCAGGCGAUAAUCUGCAUCUAUUCCUAUGUGCUAACAUUUAAGCCUCUACGUAGGCGACCGUUCACCUUAAUGAAUGCUAUAACUUACUGCUUAAGCCCCUGCGUGGGCAACCUCUGGCUUUAUAACGAACCAGUUCGCAAUAUGCACUUAUAUUGUGAAAACAAUAAAAUAUUUAAAACAAAUUCCAAAGCACAUUAACCGUCACACGUCAGUACCACCCACAGGUACGACGUGUGCGGUCCAUGCCUCCCUUUCAUGCUGGUACCGGGAGCGGAGAUAAUUAUAUUCUUUCUUGUCAUUUCAAUUCGUCUUGGUUUUCCAUACAGUACCUCAUAUUUGUUUUCAAUAGCUGAUAUAUAUCUUAAAAAAUUCGUCAUUUUGUAUUAAAGUUAAGUCUUUUAAUGUCCACAAAAGUCCAUCUGACGAAAAAUGACAUUUGUUCCCAUAUAGAAGGAGAAGAAAAAAAAAAAAGGAAACAAAAAAACAGAAGGCAGCAUCAGUUUUCUUAUUAUUACUAAUGUUUUAGUCUCUUUUAUCUGUAACAUUUUGUUUCAUAAAUUGUAAUUCAUAAUGAUACUGUAGCAGAUACAUUGUCAAUUUUAGUUAUCUAUGGACAUUUUACAUUUCGAUUUAUUAGAAAUAAAUAAUAAAAACCCCAAAUGAAAAUGUAGUGUUGUUGCAUAUCUCCUUUCUUUUCUUAUUAUUUACAUUAAUCUUAAAAUUAUAUCGGAAGUAAACAAAAUGAUAGCACAUCCUUAUAUUCUGUUCCUAAAUGUCCGCAUUAGUUUAUAGUUCUUCAUAGACAGCAGAUUAAUUGGCUAAUUGCAAAGAGGGUUAUAAUGUUGCAGGUUAAUUGAUUCAUUACGGAAACUGUUAUGAUUAUUGUUGUUUAGACCCCGAUCUACUAGUUUAGCAAUCUAAACAGAAUGAUCUUCAAAUCUUUUUUUGCAUACAUCGUUAUAAAUUGUUAUAAAUUAAUUAUCUAAACGGAAUGAUAUUCAAAUCUUUUUUGCAUACAUCGUUAUAAGUAGUUAUAAAUUAGUUAUAAAUUAAUUAUUUUGUAUAUUAUCUACCAUGUUAGUAUAUGUCUAUUAUAUCUUAUUGAACCUAUAUAAUUUCUUCUAAAACCCAAUACAUAAUAAGUAUAAAAAAAGUUACCGUAUUAAUUAAUAAGUUAGAGAUAACUCUAGCUUCAUAUUCUUCCCUACUAAGAUCUUAAAUAAAUAUUAUACAUAAAUACUUUAAAUAAUAGCCUAGAAAAUCCAUAUCAAUUAAAAUAGUGAAAGUAGUCAUUUUUUAUUUUAUUUUUUUUUUACAAAUAAAAAAAAAAAAUUACUACUAUCACUAUUUUAAUUGAUAUGGAUUUUCUAGGCUAUUAUUUAAAGUAUUUAUGUAUAAUAUUUAUUUAAGAUCUUAGUAGGGAAGAAUAUGAAGCUAGAGUUAUCUCUAACUUAUUAAUUAAUACGGUAACUUUUUUUAUACUUAUUAUGUAUUGGGUUUUAGAAGAAAUUAUAUAGGUUCAAUAAGAUAUAAUAGACAUAUACUAACAUGGUAGAUAAUAUACAAAAUAAUUAAUUUAUAACUAAUUUAUAACUACUUAUAACGAUGUAUGCAAAAAAAAUUUGAAUAUCAUUCCGUUUAGAUAAUUAAUUUAUAACAAUUUAUAACGAUGUAUGCAAAAAAGGAUUUGAAGAUCAUUCUGUUUAGAUUGCUAAACUAGUAGAUCGGGGUCUAAACAACAAUAAUCAUAACAGUUUCCGUAAUGAAUCAAUUAACCUGCAACAUUAUAACCCUCUUUGCAAUUAGCCAAUUAAUCUGCUGUCUAUGAAGAACUAUAAACUAAUGCGGACAUUUAGGAACAGAAUAUAAGGAUGUGCUAUCAUUUUGUUUACUUCCGAUAUACUUUUAAGAUUAAUGUAAAUAAUAAGAAAAGAAAGGUGAUAUGCAACAACAUUACAUUUUCAUUUGGGGUUUUUAUUAUUUAUUUCUAUUGACUAAAUCGAAAUCGAAAUGUAAAAUGUCCAUAGAUAACUAAAAUUGACAAUGUAUCUGCUACAGUAUCAUUAUGAAUUAUAAUUUAUGAAACAAAAUGUUACAGAUAAAAGAGACUAAAACAUUUGUAAUAAUAAGAAAACUGAUGCUGCCUUCUGUUUUUUUGUUUCCUUUUUUUUUUUUUCUUCUCCUUCUAUAUGGGAACAAAUGUCAUUUUUCAUCAGAUGGACUUUUGUGGACAUUAAAAGACUUAACUUUAAUACAAAAUGACGAAUUUUUUAAGAUAUAUAUCAGCUAUUGAAAACAAAUAUGAGGUACUGUAUGGAAAACCAAGACGAAUUGAAAUGACAAGAAAGAAUAUAAUUAUCUCCGCUCCCGGUACCAGCAUGAAAGGGAGGCAUGGACCGCACACGUCGUACCUGUGGGUUGUACUGACAUGUGACGGUUAAUGUGCUUUGGAAUUUGCCCGCCGUUUUUUUGGAUAUUUAAACUUGAGAAGAGGAGUUCCAGGAUCAUUGCUUUAUCACAAUCCGGUUUGAAGAAGCCACGUUUGUAGUGGCGAAACGCGUCCCGGUAUUUUUUAGCACAUUGAGGCUUUUUUAUUUAUAAAUAUGAGUGUAUUAAUAAAAUCUUUUAUUACUUUUAACGAUCCUGGUUCCCGAUAUCGUUAUAUUGAACGGGGAGUGCAGUCCCGAAUCUGCACAACGCUACGAAAUUGAGUCAAUAUAUCUUGACUCCACACUUGUGAGUACCCACUUAAAGACCAUAUAUAUUUCUCAGAGAUAUUAUAAACUAUACUGCGCAAUUGGGUGUAUUUCUAUUCAUCCACAGACCUCAGAAACAUAUCGUGAGGAGGGGUGGGUCACCUGUAUGGACCCAGAGGCUAUUCAAACUAGAGCUAAGUCCAUAGCUCUCCGUUUGUGAGUUUAUAUACUACUUACUAAUAAUAAAUGUAUAUAAGUGUGAUCUAUACUAUGUAUGAUUAUCUUUUAUAGAUAUUUUUCCUGCCGAUUUUUCAGUGAAACUUUGCUCCAAACUCUAAAAGGUGAUUAAUUUCUUUACACAUAAGCGCUACAUUCUUAAUUUGUUUUGUGUACUAUCGUACUUUUGCCAACACCAGAAAAGGACCCACUUCAACUGGAAAAUUCUAGACCUAUAUCGCUAAUUAAUCAUGAUCUGAAGAUCCUAGCGAGGAUACAAGCGGACAGAUUGAACCCGCUACUGAACUCGCUCAUACACGCAGACCAGGUCGGUUUCAUCCAGGGCAGGCAACUGUUUGAAAAUACCAGAAGGAAUAUAGAUUUGAUAUGGAAACAAGUGGCCACCGGGACACCCACGUUAGUGGUCUCCAUCAAUGCAGAAAAGGCCUUCGAAAGGGUCAGGUGGCAAUUUCUGUUCUCGGUGUUGAAACAUUUGGGCUUCCCAGAAGAAUAUAUAACAGUAACGAGAGCGAUGUAUCAUAAUGUACGGGCACAGGUGCAGAUAACAGGAGCCCCAAUGACCCCAUUUAAGUUAUCCAACGGAACCUGACAGGGAUGUCCACUCUCCCCCCUCCUGUUUGUGUUGGCAAUGGAGCCUCUGCUGCAAGCGAUACCCCAGCAUCCGCACAUCAAAGGAGUUAGAGUAGGAGACAGAGAGUUCGUAGUUUUGGCCUAUGCGGACGAUGUCCUAUUGACUGUUACGAAUCCAAUAGAAUCGAUGAAGGCAUUACCGGAUGUAAUAGAAGCAUACGCAAAGGUAUCUUGAUACAAAGCAAACAUUCAGAAGUCCAGUGCACUACCAGUAGGUCUAGCGGAGGCCGAUACAGCUCCGAUACAGGAGACCUACCAAACUCGACUGGAAAUAAAAUCCUUGAAAUACUUAGGGAUCCAUCUCACAGCGGAUCCGGAAAGUCUAUACUCUACCAACUACAAUCCCAUGAUUAGAGCACUGAUAAGAGACCUAGAAAAGUGGUUGGAUAAACCUAUUUCCUGGAUCGGACUGAUCAAUUCAGUCAAAAUGAACACCCUCCCACGCAUCUUAUUCUUAUUUCAGGCAUUACCUGUCCACGUUACAAAAACGCAAAUGGUACCAUUACAAAAAUCGAUAGGGGAUUUCAUUUGGGAGAACAAGAGACAUAGAAUCUCCAGACAAAUACUGUACAGACGUAAAGACAGAGGGGGGCUAGGCCUACCGAACCUAUAUUUUUACUACCUUGCGGCCACAGGUGGCCAUGUGACAUUCCCCCUUCCCGGAAGAAAGAAGGUGGGUGAACAUAGAGGCCAUGCUGGUUGGUUUAGAUGUCCCCCAGUUCAUGAUGUGGGUCCCCAAGGGACAUAGACCUAUGAUACGCGCAACUUGUCCGGCCAUACUCAAUUGAUCCAAAUAUGGGACACGUGUUGGCUUCAUCCUCCUCCUCUCUGACUCCAAUACUUAGAAACCAAGAGUUCCCACCCGGAAGGGCCCCCAGAGAAUUCCGAAAAAUAGAAAGAUCCACCAGUUAUAUAGAAAUGGAGAGGUUAUCAAAUGCGCAGAACCUCAACAAGGCAAUCACCUAACCCCCGCAGAUUUCUUUAGAUACAUCCAGAUGUGUGACUUCGCUAGUAGACCACACAUUAAAAUAGCAGCUCAAAGAAGGCUGACUUUUUAUGAGAAACUAUGCCUAGACGGGGCGGCACGCCUUUAUAUGCCCACCUCAGUGCAGAAAAUAAAGAAUAAGGAAGACUGACAUAUAUCGAUCAAUGGAAGACGGACUUGGGGGAAGUCCUGGAGGGAAUAGAGUGGCAGGAGAUAUGGGAGGCGAACAAUAACGCUUCUAUAUGCGUCACUCUCCAGGAGCAAACAUGGAAAACCAAGUUCAGAUGGUAUACCACACCUGUGAAACUAUAUAAAAUGCAAAAAAUAGACACGGACAAAUGUUGGAGCCCGGGGAACGUAUAUCCACAUGUGGUGGGAAUGCCCAAAGAUACACAGCUUCUGCAAGUAGGUGGAGGAUUUGCCGAAACAGACAUUUGAUAGGCCUCUAGAUAUGGACCCGUGGAUCUACCUAUUAAAUAGAUCACUGGACGGGUGGACCAGGAGAGAGCAGAAACUAGUACAUAAAAUUUCUCAGAGCACUAGCAACCGCAUGGCUCUCACCAGAGGGCCCAGAAUUCCCAGGGGUGAUAUCCAGAAUAAGAGAAUGUAGAAUCAUGGAUGACCCGACAGAGGCAUUCCAGAGACUUUGGGAACAAUGGGACAAUAGUUUAGUGGACUCAAGCGGAGACUGACAAAAACGGACAUGACAGCAGACCCGAAAUAGAAAAAGUCCCCUCCUCACGGAGGAAAUAAUCAUCGCACUAUAAAUAAGGUGGACUCCCUCCCCUCCAUCCCGCUCUUCCUCUGGCUAUCUUCUCUCACACCUGUUCUUCUCUCUUUCUUUCCUCUAAGAAUUUUGUAUUUUUUUCUCUCUCAUUUUCAUUUUAUUUUGUUUUUCAUUUUUAUUGGACCUUCCCUUGGCUUUUUAGGGGAAUGAGGUCGUUUUUCUUUUUAUCUUUUUGCCAGGCAUGUGGAGCUUUCGAGGGAACAGCAAGAAUAGGUUCUGAACAGAGAGGGCUCCUCAAGUUAUCUCAAGUUAUCCUGAUCUAAAUAACACAAAAACCCUCGGUAGAGGGCAAGUCUUGAUGUUAUAAUAAGGGGCAUGUAUUAUUGUUUGUUCGAAUUGCACGAUGUUACCAAGAAUAAUGUUUUAAGUUGGCUUCUGCGAAAGCCCCAAAAGUUACUGUACAUUUGCUAUACCUAUCGAGUGAAAAUAAAAAAUAUAAAAAAUAAAAAAAGAAGUCUGAUACGGACAAGGUACACUAAACUGGGUAUAAGUUGGGUUCAGAUGCACAUCUUGUUGGUCAUCCUAUCCCCAUUAUAGGAAAAUUAGUGUUCCAGAUUGCUUGGCUUCUCAGCAGUUGCUCUCCCCUCCCCUCCGACCCCGUGUGUUUCCUUCUUCGUGGUGCUCCCCGAUGGGGCUUGGGAGCUCUCAGGGUGGGGACCAGGAUAACCCCCACCGGUCCAAAGGGUGGGUAGCAGGGCACCAGGUGCAUGCUCAGUACUUUGACCAUGCCGGUCCGGGAGAUUGGCCACCUCUCCCCUCCUCAGCGCUUGCUAGACCUCAAUGAAGCUCGGUGUCUGGAGUGCCUUAAAAUACAGAUGGAAGCAUUCACAGGUCAGGUCUUCAUUUUGUGUAGCUAGAAGUAGGUUGAUAAAUACCCAGUUAUGGAUAGAUCAGCCAGAAAAGAAGAUUUGCUCAAUGUGUUCCUAGGAGCACAACCAGUCGUCAUGAUUGUCAGGCCCCGUCCUCACCCAUCGAGUUCUUGAUGAAGGCUCUAAAUGUCUUGUUGGCCUUUAUAGAGCCAAGCAUUCCAGUAUCUAUGUGCAUGACAUUCUGUCAUAGGCUUUCUUGUAGUCAAUCCAGGCUUUGGACACAUCUGUCUAGUCUUAGAAUCCUGCAUGACUGUUUGUUCUACCAGUAGUUGGUGUUUUGAUCAUCUGGUGUUUCCAAUCCCCUCUUGAAUUUUGCUCAUGUAUUGACUCAUAUGCCCAUCGACCUUGGAGGCUAUGAUGCCUGACAGGACCUUUCAUGUUGUGAGGGUCCUUCAUAAACAGUAUUGUUCUGCCUUGUGUUAGCCAGUAAGCAUGGGAGCCUGUUGCUAGUAACUGGUUCAUUUGUGCUGCUAGAUAUUCAUACAGCGUUGUUCAUUUCUUUAUCCAGUAGGUAUGGAUCAUGUCAGGUCUUGGAGCCAACUCACUCACACACUUCACCCCACACACACUGCACCCUCACACACACACUUCUCCCCCAUACACACAGUGCUCCCCAUACAAACACUGCAACCCCACACACUUCUCCCUCCCACACACAUUGCUCACCAUACAAACACUACACCCACACACACUUCUCCCCCCACACACACUACACCCCCAUACACACAGUGCUCCCCCACACAAACAUGCACCCCAACAAACGUCUCCCCCCACACACUUCUCCCCCAUACACACAGUGCUCCCCCACACAAACACUGCACCCCCACACAUGUCUCCCCCACACACACUUCUACCCCAUACACACAGUGCUCCCCCAUACAAACAUGCACCCCACACACUUCUCCCCCACACACUUCUCCCCCAUACAUACAGUGCUCCCCUCAAAAACACUGCACCCCCACACACACUACAUCCCCAUAUAAACAGUGCACCCCCACACAAACACUGCACCCCCACACAAACACUGCAUCCCCACACACGUCUGCCCCCUCACACACACUGAACCCCCAUACAUACAGUGCUCCCCCACACAAACACUGCACCCCCACACACGUAUCCCCCACACAAACACUUCCCCAACUGCACUCCCAUACACACACUGCCCCCACUACACCCUCAUACACACACUGGCGACAUACACACAGUGCUUCCACUGCACCCCACAUAUACACACUGCACUCCCAUGCACACAUUACACUCCUCACACAGACACACACUGCCACUCCUACACACAGUGCUCCCACUGCACCCCCAUACACACACUGUCCCACACGCAAUGCUUCCCGUACACACACACUCACUCUGCACCCCACACUGCCUCACAUACCUACCCUGCAUCCCUCACACACUCAGUGCCUCCAAUACACACACACACACACACUGCCUACUCUCUCUCACACACACACACACACUACUAGAGGCCCUAUCCCCUACCACAGCCCCUAUCCUUGCAGACCCCAGGUAAAUUGUCAAACUGUUCUUAAACAGUUUGACUAUUUACUUUGGUAGGGCGCCACGGCACUCCUGGCACUAUAACCACUACAGAGAGCUGUAGUGGUUAUUGUGCCUGCAUUGUUUCUUUAAAUAAUCUAUGAGUGCCCCUCCCAAGAUAAGACUCUGGAUCCACCAGUGACCCAUUGUGAAUACCCUGGGUUAUCUACCCAGGGUACAAUGGUAUGCCGUGAUGGGGGUAAUUCUCAUUCCUGGGCUGCCAUAUUGUCUUAAAAGCAACAUAGAUCCAGUAUACUAAUCUGGCAAAAUGGAAUUGGCAAGCCCAAUAUUUGACCCUGUAACUUUCACAAACACCAUAAAACCGAUACAUAGGAGGUACUGUUGUACUUGGGAGACUGUACUGAAUUCAAAUAUGAGUGUUUUAGAACAGUAAAAUGUAUCACGAUGAUGAUAUCUUCCGUGAAAGUGCACUUUUUCUGUGCCAAAUGCAAAAAACAUAUAUGAACACUAAAUGUGGCCAGGGCUUCUGACUAAGUGGCCACUAAAAAAGUCUGGACAUAACCUAUUUUGAAUACCUUGGGUCGUCUACUUUUGCAAAUGGUAUGGCACAUCAUUCUCAUCAAAUAUUUUUAACAUAAUUUCCGGGGACUUGGUCCACUAGUUGAAUAAUUGAGUUGCACUAGUAAUUUGGCCUAAGCUUCUUUAAUCUGUAAUGAAUGAAAACCCUCCGUGAUCCCAUGUACAGGGAGUGCAGAAUUAUUAGGCAAAUGAGUAUUUUGACCACAUCAUCCUCUUUAUGCAUGUUGUCUUACUCCAAGCUGUAUAGGCUCGAAAGCCUACUACCAAUUAAGCAUAUUAGGUGAUGUGCAUCUCUGUAAUGAGAAGGGGUGUGGUCUAAUGACAUCAACACCCUAUAUCAGGUGUGCAUAAUUAUUAGGCAACUUCCUUUCCUUUGGCAAAAUGGGUCAAAAGAAGGACUUGACAGGCUCAGAAAAGUCAAAAAUAGUGAGAUAUCUUGCAGAGGGAUGCAGCACUCUUAAAAUUGCAAAGCUUCUGAAGCGUGAUCAUCGAACAAUCAAGCGUUUCAUUCAAAAUAGUCAACAGGGUCGCAAGAAGCGUGUGGAAAAACCAAGGCGCAAAAUAACUGCCCAUGAACUGAGAAAAGUCAAGCGUGCAGCUGCCACGAUGCCACUUGCCACCAGUUUGGCCAUAUUUCAGAGCUGCAACAUCACUGGAGUGCCCAAAAGCACAAGGUGUGCAAUACUCAGAGACAUGGCCAAGGUAAGAAAGGCUGAAAGACGACCACCACUGAACAAGACACACAAGCUGAAACGUCAAGACUGGGCCAAGAAAUAUCUCAAGACUGAUUUUUCUAAGGUUUUAUGGACUGAUGAAAUGAGAGUGAGUCUUGAUGGGCCAGAUGGAUGGGCCCGUGGCUGGAUUGGUAAAGGGCAGAGAGCUCCAGUCCGACUCAGACGCCAGCAAGGUGGAGGUGGAGUACUGGUUUGGGCUGGUAUCAUCAAAGAUGAGCUUGUGGGGCCUUUUCGGGUUGAGGAUGGAGUCAAGCUCAACUCCCAGUCCUACUGCCAGUUCCUGGAAGACACCUUCUUCAAGCAGUGGUACAGGAAGAAGUCUGCAUCCUUCAAGAAAAACAUGAUUUUCAUGCAGGACAAUGCUCCAUCACACGCGUCCAAGUACUCCACAGCGUGGCUGGCAAGAAAGGGUAUAAAAGAAGAAAAUCUAAUGACAUGGCCUCCUUGUUCACCUGAUCUGAACCCCAUUGAGAACCUGUGGUCCAUCAUCAAAUGUGAGAUUUACAAGGAGGGAAAACAGUACACCUCUCUGAACAGUGUCUGGGAGGCUGUGGUUGCUGCUGCACGCAAUGUUGAUGGUGAACAGAUCAAAACACUGACAGAAUCCAUGGAUGGCAGGCUUUUGAGUGUCCUUGCAAAGAAAGGUGGCUAUAUUGGUCACUGAUUUGUUUUGUUUUUGAAUGUCAGAAAUGUAUAUUUGUGAAUGUUGAGAUGUUAUAUUGGUUUCACUGGUAAUAAUAAAUAAUUGAAAUGGGUAUAUAUUUGUUUUUUGUUAAGUUGCCUAAUAAUUAUGCACAGUAAUAGUCACCUGCACACACAGAUAUCCCCCUAACAUAGCUAUAACUAAAAACAAACUAAAAACUACUUCCAAAAAUAUUCAGCUUUGAUAUUAAUGAGUUUUUUGGGUUCAUUGAGAACAUGGUUGUUGUUCAAUAAUAAAAUUAAUCCUCAAAAAUACAACUUGCCUAAUAAUUCUGCACUCCCUGUAUAUAUAGCUGCAUUUUGUAUGAUUCUUCGUGAUGAUCCAGUUAUAUAUUUCUUUUACUUCUGAUAAAGCAGUAGGGCAUACACUUUAAAAAAAACAAACAUUCAUAUUAACAGUUAUUGUUGCUAUUAAUGUAGAGUGAUAUUAUAUUGUUCCAGUACCGUGGUGAGAUGACUGGAAUUUACAACCUGUCAUAAGAUCAUGAUUAAGUUACAAGAUUGUUAAACAAGAAGUUCAGCACAAAUAGAAGAGGGAAAAGUUCAAGGAAAUAGAAAGAGAAUGUGUAAGAUAUAUAAAGAUAUAGAGACAUUCUAGCAUAACUAGAAUGGGCAGGGGCUGGUAGAAGCAAACAGCAACAGGAUAGAAGGGCGAAGGGUAGAGGCAAGACUAGUUUAUAAUGUAGUUGAAAGAUUUAUGAAUCAUGUCAUAUACUCAAUGCAGAAUGUGGUGUUGUGUGCCUGUAGUUCUGCUUUAGAUAGACUGGGACUGUUGGAUCACUCAAGCCCAGACAGUCUUGGUGUUUUAUUCGCUGUUAACUGAUACCCGGGUAAAAGCCCUGCAAACAAUAAUAUUUGGAAGUUUGCUGUUCAAUGCUACUAACUAAGACACGUUACUACCAAUUAAAAACACUGACUAUGCUAUACUUAAAAGAGUAACAAGAAAAAAAACAUGAAUUACUCAUAAUAAAUAUAUGGGUCCUAAGGGAAAUAGAACUUUACAUUAGUGGGAGCUAUAUUUUAUCAUACUUGAAAACAAACUAUUGUGUCAAACAGUCAAAAAUCAUUUUAGAAAGAGUAUGGAACAAUUUCUCUAAAAAGAGAUUUGUUGAACACAGACUCAUAUUAGACCUCAUGGGGUUAUUCACUAAAGACCUGAUCCAAAGGAUAGGAUAAUGAUUUUAUAAUAUCAGUCAGCAUGCACAUUUCUAAAUUAUCUUUCACUUGUUUUUAUGCAAGUGAGCAGUAAAUGUAAGUACUAUUUACCCCCUAGCAGCAGUAGCAGCCAGCAGGUUAAUAAUUAAAUAACCCUUGACAGUGAGAGGGUUAACGCAUGCACAGAGUUUGUUGAUUGAUUACCUUUUCUUUUUGUUAUAAAAAAAACACACUUUGUUAUAUAAACUGUCAUAUUUCAACUAUCAACUUGGAACAAACAAAAAAAAUCAGGAGGGGUGCAGUCCAUAGUAAUUCUAGCACAAUUUAGGGAGGAUACAAUUUUCUGCAGUUUUCUACAGGCAAUAUUAUAUAUUAUCACUAGGGAGUCGAUCAAUAGAAUCCCAUAACCGACUGUUUUAACAAAGUUACAUUUUUUGAUAAAAAAUUCAUUCGCGUGAAAACCUCACAAAUGGUGAAUAGAAACAGGCAGAGACAAGAAAUUGAUAGAAUAUAAUAACCAAUCACUGAACAAACCUCAUUGUCAUGUUUGAAGCAUGUGGGAAAUAUAUCACUGAGCAUGCUCCACAAGAUAUAUUGGGUUUAUGUUUUUUUUUAUUUUAGGGAGAAUGUGUCCGUGGUCAGAAGAUGAGACUUCUGCAACAAGGCUGGAUAUUAUAACAAUGGCAUACUUAUUUUAUAGUAUUAAUUAAAACCAAAUCAUGUAAGGUCCAUUCCCCUGUUUAAUAAUAAUUAGGUAGGGCCAUGUGUUUUUUUUUUUUAUUUAUAAUGGAGCCAGGGUUGGGUGAUCAAAGUGCUAUUUAUACAGGGGGAGAGUUAUCAAAGUUUUCCGCUGCUGCAAAAGAAAAUGUUCCUAACUACUAAAAGUGAGGCAAUCACUGCGAAAACCAGCAGGUAUGUUUUAGGGUUGACUCCUUCCCCUACUACAUUUAUGCACCACUUUUUAGAAUAGGAACCUUCAUAAAUCUCCCCCAAAGAAUCCUCUGGUUUUCACUUGGGAAUAUAGGUUUAGAAACCAGUGAGGAUGGGGCAAUAAAUCCCCUAGAACAUCUGGUAUAGCUUUUAAGAACAUAAAUUAGAUCAUAUAUUCUACUAAUAUUCCUAACCAAUACAUAACAUUUUCCAUGUACAAAAUUUCAGAAAAUGGUGUUCUCCUUAAGUGGGGCUGGGGUUAUUAUGGUCUUCCAUACCCACACUUCCCCCAAUUUUCAUUAGGUCACUGAUUGAGAGGCAGUAUCACUUUAUGAAAACUAGGGGUUUUUCCUCAUAGGGUGGGUGGGAAGUUGUUUGCUGGCCAGAAUCCCAAAAGGCACUGAGGUAAGAUGAUCCCUGCCCCACUACAAACCCAUAACCACUCCCCUAAACACAUAUAGCCAAUCACUAGCACCAUCCCCACACUCAUACAUGUGCCCUUGUCCGUUUAGCUGUGCUGACUCCCCAGGGCCUUGUUAUGGGUUUUAGGAAACCUCAUCAGUUUGUUGUGAAGCAAUGUGAAGAGCUGAAUUUUUGUUCUUUUACAUUGUAUAAAUACAUUAAUUAAUUAAAUAAAUUGAUUACAAGGAAGUAAUGUCAUUGUAAUAUAUCUUUGCUCAAAAUAAUCUUGCAUUGUCUCUCUGCUUUCAGGAUCCAAAGCAAACAGACUGGUUUCAGGAGUGGCCCGAUUCCUACGUGAAGCACAUUUACAGCUCUACAGAUAAAAAUGCACAGAGACAUCUGAGUGGCUGGGCAAUGCGCAAUACCAAUAACCACAAUUCUCGAAUACUGAAGAAGUCCUGCCUUGGGGUUCUUGUCUGCAGCAAUGACUGUACAGCACCAGAUGGCAGAAAAACCUAUCUCAGGCCUGCCAUCUGUGACAAAGCACGUCAGAAGCAACAGAGUAGGUGUACAUAUUAUUCAGACGGGAUCUCCUUGCAAUAUUCAGUUGAGGGAUACUGGACCUCACAAAACAAUAAAGAAAUAGUACAAAUGAUUGCCUAAGAAAAUCUCAGUGUAAAUGGAACUUCAAAUCAAGCUAUUUGAAGUGUUCUAGCCACACCAAAAAAUUAUAAAAUCAUAAAAAUCUAAAUUUUAUUAAACAUAACAUUAGCCUGCAGUAUAUCUUCCAAUCAUAGCAUAGACUCAGUGGGGAUUCGUAUGGUAAUAAGGAUUGUGUACCAAAGUUCUAAAAGUAGAUGAAUCAGUGGUGAAACCAUAGACUCAGCAGGGUAUAGAGGUAUUCAAUUAUUUCCAUGAUAAUUGCGCAAGUUUUAGAACUUUGUCCCACAAUAACAUUAAAAGGAAGGUUUGAGGGAUGGGCAGAAAACUUACGGGUACCUGGAUUGUCUUUAAACUUGGAAGUCCAGUGUCAAAAUUUUUGCUAAAUGCACAGAAGUUUAGCAAAAUGGAAUAAAAAGUAUGUCCCUAGAUUUAUAAGUCUAUGGUAGAGAUAAGUGAUACUUGUUUUGGUUCUGGAAACAUACAUUAUUCAAGAUAUUGUUAUCAAUGAGCACAUUUCAUAUACCAUCAACAGAGCACACAAUAAACAUUAGAAUUAGAUGGAAUCAAGCUAUUAAUAUUGGGGAACUGAGUUACGACAGUCAGAUGCCAAUGUGAUGGGUUGAUUGGUGGAGGGUGGACAUAAUUUGGGACGAGGUAAAAGAGGUAAGAUGAGUUUGACCUAGAGGAACCACUGCUGACUUUAGAUGAGUUUAGGAAGGAUUCUGAUCUAUGAAGGCUCAAAAGAGAAAUUUUAAAAUAAUAAAAAUAAAAAAAAAAUACAAAAAUAAUAAUAUUAAUAUUAAUGUUAUAUUAUUCAUAAAGUGGGGUAAUCAGCUGAACAGAGUUCAGAUAUUAAUAUACAUAUAAUAUAACUCUUCCCAGUCUGAUGGGCAGCAACAAUUUCUUCUCUUAAAACAUUGCUGAUGUCUUUCCUCCUUGGCAUUGUGUUAACACACCCCUGAAUGCUCCAGACCAGCAAACUGCUAAAACUCCAUAUGCAGCCAGAGGGUUUUGCCCUAUUUGGGAUGGGGCUAUUCGGAAGUUAGUGAAUAACCCAAUUAAUAGGAUAUCAUCAACAAAGAUAUUUAGCUUUCCCAUCCAAAGGAUAAAUAUAAUCUUUUUGAUGUUUGUGUUGGAUUGAGAAGGCUAGGUUUUGUUAGAGAGCCUCUGAAGAGUGUAAAAACCAAGUAGGUAGUAGGUAGUGUCUAUGACUGGAAAUGAAGGGGAAGAAUAAGGCAUGACAAAAACAUCCAACAAUCCAUGUUAUUUAACAACACUGGUGAAAGCUAGUCAAACUGUGCUGGAAUUAGCAGUCUCAGGUUGAUUUACAACUCAAGUUUUUUUUUCCUAAAAUUAAAUCUAAAUGGUAAAAAUGGAUGCUAAAAUAGCCAAUCUAUGAUUUGAGAAUUUUAGCCUAUAUUUAGUCUGAUUUAGGUUAGAAUAAAACUGUCUGGUGGAGAAAGUAAUGGAAACCAUGUUAAAGGAUAGGAUUGUUGAACAUCUAAAAUCACAUGGAUUUCAAAAUCAGAGACAACAUGGGUUUACUGCAGGGAGAUCAUGCCAAACUAAUCUUAUUGAUUGUUUUGAUUGGGUAACUAAAAUUAUAGAUCAGGGUGGUGCAGUAGACAUUGCUUACCUAGAUUUCAGUAAGGCUUUUGCCACUGAUGCACAUAGAAGGCUUAUCAAUAAAUUGCAAUCUUUAAGUUUGGAUUCCAACAUUGUUGAAUGGGUAAGACAGUGGCUGAGUGACAGGCAACAGAGGGUUGUAGUUAAUGGAAUAUAUUCGAAGCUUGGACUUGUCACCAGUGGGGUACCUCAGGGAUCUGUACUUGGACCCAUUCUCUUUAAUAUUUUUAUUAGUGAUAUUGCAGAAGGUCUUAAUGGUAAGGUAUGUCUUUUUGCUGAUGAUAAGAGAUGUAACAGGGUGAUGUUUCAGUAGCCAAAUGGCAAAUGAUUUAGGUAAACUAGAAAAUGGUCAGAGCUGAGGCAACUGACAUUUAAUGUGGAUAAGUGCAAGAUAAUGCACCUUGGACGUAAAAACCCAAGGGCAGAGUACAGAAUAUUUGAUAGAGUCCUAACCUCAUCAUCUGAAGAAGGGGAUUUAGGGGUGAUUAUUUCAGAUUACUUAAAGGUAGGCAGACAAUGUAAUAGAGCAACAGGAAAUGCUAGCAGAAUGCUUGGUUGUAUAGGGAGAGGUAUUAGCAGUAGAAAGAGGGAAGUGUUCAUGUCAUUGUACAGAACACUGGUGAGACCUCACUUGGAGUAUUGUUUGCAGUACUGGAGACCAUAUCUAUUGAUACUCUGGAGAGGGUUCAGAGAAGGGCUACUAAACUAGUUCAUGAAUUGCAGGAUAAAACUUACAAGGAAAGGUUAAAGGAUCUUAACAUGUAUAGCUUGAAGAAAAACAAGACAGGGGGGAUAUGAUAGAAACAUUUAAAUACAUAAAGGAAAUCAACACAGUAAAGGAGAAGACUAUAUUUAACAGGGCAUGCGUGGGAAUUUCAUAGCGCUAUCUAGUGUGGCCAGGGCCUUCAUCUGCCCACACAAAGAUGGUGGCACCCAGGACCUAGGUCUAGGCAUAAAAUAAAGAUAAAAAAAUAGGUAAUAUGGUGGGCUUAGGGGUAUUUGGGGAUUGCUAGGGGGGCUAUUAGAGGUAGUGGAGUCGGAAGGGGGGUUAUGAAAAAAAACGGAUGCGGCCAUGACAGUGUCACUUUAAAAGAAGAACAACUACCGCAACAAGAGGACAUAGUCUUGAAUUAAAGGGGCCAAUGUUUAAAAAUAAUAUCAGGAAGUAUUACUUUAUUGAGAGGGUAGUGGAUGCAUUAAAUAGCCUUCCAGCUGAAGUGGUAGAGGGUAACACAGUGAAGGAGUUUAAGCAUGCAUGGGAUAGGCAUAAGGUUAUCCUAGUUAUACGAUAAGGGCAGGGAAUAAUGAAAGUAUUGAGAAAAUUGGGCAGACUAGAUGGGCCGAAUAGUUCAUAUCUGCCGUCACAUUCUAUGUUUCUAUGUCUGUGUCAAAGUUACAUAUUAUUGAGGCUGUAUUUUCUCAGCCUAGAUCUAAUAAACACACUAACAUAUAAAUAAGUUAAAUUAUGAUAGAUAAUUACCCAAAUAGCAUAUAAACUAUAAUUUAUGUUAAUAAUAAUUUGAAAGAAUGCAAAAAUAAUUUUCAGUAGCACAUGAUGAUGAUAGCAUAAAAUCAAUUUCUCGUCAAUAUCCACAUGUGGGUCCUAUGUCUUUUCAGGCAAACGCUGUACAAAUUGCAAUGGACCAUUAAAACUUAUUUCUUGUCGAGGACAUGGAGGUUUUCCAGUGACCAAUUUCUGGAGGCAUGAAGGACCUUAUAUAUAUUUUCAGGUGAGUUUUCCAAAAUAUUAUAGCUUCUCAACAUCAUAAGAAGCAUAAGGGGCUUAUUUCAAUCUAUAUAGGUCCAUGCAAACUGACUGCAGCUACAAAAAUGUGGUGCCUUAUUGUGUAUCUUGUUAGGGUUUACUCAGCAGGGGUGACAUUACAUGUCUUCAUUUUCUGCAGCCCCUGUUCAUUCUGCUUUUAUGAAAUAAUUUUUUUGUUGCAUUUUUCAAAGACUGAUGGAAGCAUUUAUUCCAUGUGAGGGAUUCAACAUUUUGCUCUGUAUAAAGGUUUAAAUAAAAAUGAAAAUAAAAGCAUAUUACUCACCAAAACAGUUGGAGCGUGAUGAUCAACAUGUAGGAGCAGUAGACUCCAGCUAAUAGUCCACUGAAGAAAGGAGCUGGCUAACAAUAACCCACAGCCUCAUAAUCAAAAGCUGAAAAGGCAAAUUUUCAUGCUUGCUGGUGAAAAGCAGCUGCUGAGUAUUAUUAAAGGAACACUAUAGUGUUAGGGAUACAAAACUGUAUUCCUAACACUAUAGUGUCCCUCGGCUAAUAACUACAGGCCUAACCCAUUUUUCACUUACCUGUUGCCAGUGCUGAAGUCACUUGGCUCUGGCUACACCUCCUCCUCCGAUGUCAUGCAGGAAAUCUAAUGAACAUGCGCGGUGAGUGCUGCACGCACGUUAGGACUUUACUGUGGGAAUUUUGAUGAUGCUGGACAUCCUCACACAAAUCGUCACACAUCACUCCAUGAAAAAACAGGAAGCACCUCUAGAAGCAACUAGAAGUGGAAUUAAAACUAAAAUGUACACAAUGCGGUUUCGCUAAAACAUUGCAGUGCUCAAAGGACAGGGGCACUGCACCCAGACCACUUCAAUGAGAUGAAGUAGUUUGGUGCCUAUAGUGUCCCUUUAAUAUAAAAAGGCAAUAUGACGGCAAUGCUAUUAAGGUGCUACCAGUGAUUUAUUAGGACACAAUAAAUAUUUCGGGUUGCAUGAUGUCCGUACACAUAUAGGCACACUCACCAUUAUAUAUGUAGAGAUUGUAUUGAAAUCAAAGCGCAACAUACGCCACUCAAAUAGUGAAUCUUUGAUUUCACUAUAAUCUCUAUAUGUAUACGUAUGGGUGAUAUAUGUGAUGUUGUGCUCAUAAUAGCCAUUAUAUGUUUGUGCCAGGUUUCCACAUUCAAAGCAUGUAUUUAACAUCUGCAUGCUACUCUUUUAUCCUCUACUGAUCUGUCCACCAAUUAGCCCUUACCAUUUUGCAAAUUGUUCAUAAAAAAAAAUUCAAAUGUUCUAAGUUAUUGCCAUGGCAACUCAACAAGGUUCACUAAGCACAUUUCCGCUUGACCUGCAAUUGUGAAAGCUAGUUGCCCCUUAUUGUUUUUCUUUUCCCGACUUGCCAAAUUUGAUAGGUAUUUAUAUUAAAAAAUGCAUGCCCCUGGUUUAUUACUGGGAUUCAGUAUUUAAAUGCACUAAAAUAUAGAAGACAUUUUUAUUUGUCAUAGGAUAUAGUGAGAGUUGGAUACAGUGAGAGUUUUCAAUUGUUAACUUGUCUUUUUUUCUUUAUACUUAUAACAUAGUUGUAAUUUUAGUCAAAUGGACACAUGCACAUAAUUUGUACCAUCUAAUAUGGAAACCAGUGCUAUUUAGCCUUUAGGAGAUCAUGUUUAUCUCUGUGAUAGAUGAUGAAACCUAAGAUAGCAGCUAAGUUUCAUUGUUAAGUGUUAAGUUUAUAUCUAACGAUUUAAGAGCCGUUUCAGUAAGUAACGGCUUGUCGUCAGGGCCGGUGCACGGAUUUUUGCCGCCCUGGGCAAAUUAAAAAUUUGCCAUCCCCCCAAUGUGACAUCACAAUGCCCCACCCAUAUGAAUGCCACAUAUGUGUGUUUACAUUAAAAAACCUGCAGGGACAGGCUAUAGACACCAGAACCACUCCAUUAAGCUGCAGUGGUUUUGGGGACUAUAGUGUCCCUUUAAUGUGAGGUAAAUUAGAGAUUAGUGUCACUAAUAAUUUACUAAAUUGCCUACUUACAACCAGAUGAUGAUGGUGAUGGGCUCUGGCUGCAGUUUGGCUCCACUGGUCUGGUGUAGAACAGGAUCUCUGGAAGCUGUUUGUAACUAUGGUCACAAAAUUCAAUGUUCUGGGAGGACGGGAAGCAGCUCCAUUUUCUGGGGCCCCUUACACAGCUCAAGGUCUGGGCCCCAGGGCCUGACGGUGAGUAUGCCCAUAAGGCCCAACCAUAAGUCCACCUACAUGUUCCACCCAUGAGUUCGCUCACAGGGAAUGUAGUGUGUAGAGGAUGUGUUAUGUGUUAUUGUAGAGGAUCUAAUGUGUGUGCUUAUGGAAUUUAGUGUAUAGGGAUACCAGUUUGUGUAGGUGAUGCUGUUUUUUUUGUGUGUAGUGAAAGCAGUGUGUUUUUGUGUAAGAGAUAGAAAGCAGUGUAUGUUUGUGUAUAAGGGAUGUGUGAUGAGACCAAUCUCGCCACAUUGCAUUGGAGAAGCCGGGUUGCUCACCUGUUGCCUUGGGAUUAUGGCCCCAUGUUAAAAGGCUUGAUUUUCCCCUGCAAAAACAAGAAAGCCGGGUCAUUUGGUGCUUGCCCUGUUUGAGCAGUGAUACCCCAGAUAGCUAUGCCAUGGAGCCCAUUCGUAUAAUGAAAGACUAAGGGAAAGACUUUGGCUCCAUGGCAAUUGAACUGUAUGUGUGUGCUCUGAGCGCCAUUCAGUAAUAAUGUGCGCUUAGACCUAAGCUAUCUGGGCAUAUGUUGCAUGCCUGUAUUUUAUGUCAUAAAUAUAACCUUGUGUAUUUUAUAGUAUUUUACUGUCUUUUUGCUGCCAUGUGUUCAGUGGAGUUUUGCCUCUGUUUUUGGAGAUAAUUGGAUUACUUCUAAUUAUCUCCAGGAUAGAAGACUCUGUGGAACUGGUUUUGGGCAGAAAAGCCAUGCUUCCUGCGGUCACAAAGGACUACGAUCUAUCUUUUGAACCACUGGACCAAUUUGUAUGAUUUUGACGUAUGUUUGUAUUUGGAGUAUGCUGAUUCUGAAAAUGUAAAUGUGAUGCAUACUUUUCAAAUUAUGAAUAAUGUGGAAAAAUUUUAUUUCUCUGCUUGUGCUAAAUUACAUUACCCAUUGUGUAAGGUAAUUGAAUCACAUGCAGAGGGGAGGAAUUUGUGUGGGAGUGUCUGAGUGUAUUGUAUGUGUUUAUUGGUUGUGUUCCAAAACCCUGUGGGUGGUACUAAUGUGUAAGGAUGUGUACAUAAGCACAAUAAAACCACAGCUCUGUUUGUUCACUGCUUGACCCUCAACACGGAGCUUUGUCUCGUUCUUGGGGGGAUUUAUUGUAUGCUGUUCAAGUUCGACUGCUAGGAGUGUAAACCUAUUCGUAUGGUUUUUCCUAUUCGGCUGUUUACAGUAUUCAUAUGGUUUCCUGUUCGGCGGAUUGGUGUUCUGCAGGAGCUGUGCCUGCAUCUCUGGAAAGGGGGACGAUCGCCUAAACGGUUUUUACCCCUUGUGUGCAAAACGGUCCGUUACAGGAUGUAUUGUGUGUUUCUGGUUGUGUGUAAGGGAUGCAUUGUCUGGAUGUGUGUGUAAGGGAUGCAGUGUGUGUGUCUGUAAGGGGUGCAUUGAGUGUGUCUAAGAGAUGCAUUGUGUUUCUGUGUGUGUGUGUAAGUGAAGCAGUGUGUGUUUGCAUGUGUGUGUAAGGGAUGCAUUGUGUGUUUCUGUGUACCUAUUGUCUUUGUGUGUAAGGGUUGCAUUUUGUGUGUUUCUCUUUCUGUAAGGGACGCAUGUUGUGUUUCUGUGUGUGUAGGGAUGCAUUGUGUGUUUCUGUGUAUGUAUAGGGAUGCAUUGUGUGUGUGUGUGCGUAGUGUGAAAGAGCUCCCUGUCCUGCCCCCUGCCCUACAUAGCUCUCUCCUUAGGUCCCUUAGAGCUCUCCCCUGCCCCAUAGUGGUCUCUCAUCCCCUGUCCCUUAGUGGUCUCUACUCUCCUCCCCCCUCCCUUAGUGGUCUCUCCCUGACUUUCCAUUAGUGGUCUCUCGUCUACCCCUUAGUGGUCUCUGCUCUCCUCUGCCCCUUCUAGUGGUCUCUCCUUCCCCCCCUUUCCAUUAGUUGUCUCUCCUCCCCCCCCUUUCCAUUAGUGGUCUCUCCCCUCUUUCAGUCCUUUUCAUUAGUGGACUCUCCUCCCUCCCCCUACCCUCAAUGGUCUCUCCUUUCCCCCCACCCUCCCCUAGUAGUCUAUUCUCACCCCACUCCCCUAGUGGUCUCUCCACCACCACCUCCCUUCCCUUAGUGGUCUCCCCCUCCCACGUUCUUCUCAUCCCCUCCUCCCUCCCAUGUUCUUCUCACAACCCCCCUCCCUCUCUUAGUGGACUUCGUCCCCCAUUCUCCUCCACCUCCCUCCCACGUUCUCCUCACCACCCCCCUACCUUAGUGGAUUCUCCCUCCCCACGUUCUCUUCACCCCCCCUUCCCUUAGUGGUCUCUCCUCACCCCCCUCCCCUUGUGGUCUCGCCACCAAACCCUGCCUCCCUUAGUGGUCCCCUCCGCCCCCUAUUCUCCUCACCCUCCCCCACAUUCUCUUCACCACCCCCCCUCCUUAGUGGACUCUCUCCUCCCCCGUUCUCCUCACCCUCCCAAGUUCUCCUCCUCACCCCCUCCUUAGUGGUCUCUCUCACCCCCAGUGUUCUGUCCACCACCCCUCCCUCCCUUAGUGGUCUCUCUCCCCACAUUCUCCUCACCCCCUCCCUCCCAUGUUAUCCUCACACCCUCCUCCCUCCCUUAGUGGACUCUCCUCCCCAUUCUCCUCACCCUCCCUUCCGUUCUUCCACGUUCUCCUCACCCCCUCCCAUCUCUUUGUUCUCCUCACCCUCCCAGAUUCUCCUCCCCCCCUCCUUGGUGGUCUCUCAUCCCCCAGUGGUCUGUCCACCACCCCCCCUCCCUUAGUGGUCUCUCCCCCAUUCUCCUCACCCCCUCCCUCCCACGUUGUCCUCCACCCCUCCUCCCUCCCUCAGUGGACUCUCCCCAUUCUCCUCACCCUCCCUCCACGUUGUCCUCACUACCCCCUCCCUUAGUGAUCUCUUCCCCCCCACGUUCUCCUCACUCCCCUCCAUCUCUUAGUGGACCCUCCCCCCACAUUCUCCUCACACCCCCUCCCUCCCUUAAUGGACUCUUCUCACCCCCCCUUCCCUUAGUGGACUCCCUUUCCCCCCCUCAAUUCACAUCACCCCCACCGUGUUUCCUCACCUCCCCUUCCCUGAGUAGAAUGGCCGAGCUCUUCUCCGGUCUGCGGUACAGGAGCUUCUGUUUCCUGUACCUAGCCAGACUGACAGGAAGUGCUCACUGAGAGGAGCUCGGCCACACUACACAGGGAAGGGGAGGGUGAGGAGAAAGGGGGGAGAGAGGCAGUGCUGCAGCCAUCUGAUGCUCUCUUUAGAGCGCUCAAGUGGCUGCAGCAUGAAAAGGGCCGGCGAUGAGGGCGCCCCCUCCUAAGUGGCCCCCUAGGCGGCUGCCUAGGUCGCCUUAUAGGAUGCGCCGGCCCUGCUUGUCGUUAUAUAAUUGCAAUAAUCAUGAACCUCUGCCCAUGUGUUUUGUGUACUAUUGCACUUAAUAAUAUACAUAUGAUUAAGUGCCAUUUACAGGUGACAAAACAUAAGACUGCGCACUAGGCAUACUGUCUUGCCUUGUGCAAUGUUGUUUCCAAUAAUAUAUUUGUUUACAUGUUCAGUCAAAAAAACAUACUUAUGACAUUUACAAAUAAUUAUACAUUUCUUCAAUGGGGCAAAUUCAUUUUUUUUAUUAUAAGCAGAAAGGGUGACAUGUGAGUGGUUGAACUUGUCUAGACAGGCGGACCUACAUUACAUUACUGCCAUUUCCCAUAGAUGUUUUUUUCUUUCCUUAAAGACAAAAGGAAUUCAUGACCAUCCAAAACCGGAAACAAAACUGGAAUCAGAUACCAGAAAGACAGGACAGAAGAAGCGCCCAGCAAUUUUAACCAAUUCCCUGGGGCUUAAAAGGACUAGAACUGAAGAGGUAUGUGAUAAUAAUAAAAACUACAUCCAAUCAUGAUCUGUAUUACCUACAUUGACCUGGGUGUGUAUAUAUCCCCAAGGCUCAUAGCAAACUGGCAUGUGUACAUUGAAAUAAUUAUAAUUCUGUGGAACUAAAUCAAAACAUCCUUUUUAUAUGACAAGACUUUAAAAAUGAUACAAAAGUAGUAGUAAUUUAAAUCAUAAUUAGUACAAUAUGAAACCAAAGAACAGAGUUGUCCUUCACCAGAGGAAGUGAGGUCAAAGCUUCAUUUAACAAACCAUGUUAUCUAACAGGUAGACUGGGUAAAAGCCAUCAAUUGUGAGAUAGUUAUCUUAAAUUUCCUUAUCAUAACACCCCUAGACCCUGUCACUUCUCUCAGAAAUCAUUAAAGUUGGACCUAUCAACUUUAAAUACAUAAAUCUAUGAACAAGCUUGCCCAUAUGUAGUCCUAUUGGUUCCCUUGUUUCACCUCGAGGGAGGGUGUAAUUGUUUUACUCUACCCAGAGUGAAUUGCUGCCAUAGUGCAACUUACAUUAUUUAGGACAGCUUCUGACUCUGUGCCGCAAAUUCCUCUCCCCCCUUUUAUUUUUCACUAUGUAACUUUGCAGUCCAGACCAGAUUUGGAGGUGGCCACAUAAAAGUAUAAAUGUGAGGAGGUUUUGGAUAGUAAUGUUACUUUAAUUAUAAAGAGAAAAUAGGACUAAUGGGUUGCAGAUUAUAAACAAUCUGCCUCCCAAAAAGACCUUGUAUCCUUAUGUGAAAAAAGCUACUCUGCAAUUAUAAAUAUAAAAGUGGAGCGCAGAGAGCAAAAAACAAAAAACUUUUUAUUAAUCCCUCUUGGGGGAGAAACACACAGAUACUAAACAAACAAGUAAUAAAAUUAGGAUCUAAUUGGAUAGAAUCGACUAGUCCAAAAAUAAUAGUAAUAUGGUCAGAAGAAAUGCUAUAAGUAUGUGUGUGGCAGAAUUGCCAUAAAUAGUAGCAAAUAACUAUGACCAAAAGGGGGGAGAUACAUUAAAUGUAGCAAACUGAAGAUCUCUAAAUGCAAAAGUAAAAUACCAAACGUAUUUUGGUAGAUCUUUGCACAUAUAUUUUUUAUGCACUUGAUAUGCUCUUGUUCUAAUUAUAGAGUCUAUUUACUUUUGUAUUUAGAGAUCUUCAGUUUGCUACAUUUAAUGUAUCUCCCCCCUUUUGGUCAUAGUUAUUUGCUAUUAUUUAUGGCAACUCUGCCACAUACAUGGUGGGAUUUGAUACUAGUCUAUUACCAGCAUGUUAUUAGGGACUCCUUCCCCCAAAUCUCCUACAGCUGUUUAGGCAGUUCGUUUAACAUUUAUAUUACUGACUAUUUAGACUGCAGGCUCUUUUCCUGCAAUGUUGCAAACGUAUUUUGGUAGAUCUUUGCACAUAUAUUUUUUAUGCACUUGAUAUACUCUUUGUUCUAAUUAUAGAGUCUAUUUACUUUUGCAUUUAGAGAUCUUCAGUUUGCUACAUUUAAUGUAUCUCCCCCCUUUUGGUCAUAGUUAUUUGCUACUAUUUAUGGCAAUUCUGCCACACACAUACUUAUAGCAUUUCUUCUGACCAUAUUACUAUUAUUUUUGGACUAGUCGAUUCUAUCCAAUUAGAUCCUAAUUUUAUUACUUGUUUGUUUAGCAUCUGUGUGUUUCUCCCCCAAGAGGGAUUAAUAAAGAGUUUUUCGUUUUUUGCUCUCUACGCUCCACUUUUAUAUUUAUAAUUGCAGAGUAGCUUUUUUCACAUAAGGAUAAAAGGUCUUUUUGGGAGGCAGAUUGUUUAUAAUCUGCAACCCAUUAGUCCUAUUUUCUCUUUGCACUUCUAGGGGUUAGGCCCCAUUGUAUCUUUCAACCAUCACAACCUGGCGGUGGACUUGUUGACAUUUACAGAUAUGUUAGGACAGUGCUGUGUUUCUUACUUUAAAGGACCACUAUAGUGCCAGGAAAACAUACUCGUUUUCCUGGCACUAUAGUGCCCUGAGGGUGCCCCCACCCUCAGGGACCCCCUCCCGCCCGGCUCUGGAAGGGGAAAGGGGUAAAAACGUACCUUUUUCCAGCGCUGGGCGGGGAGCUCUCCUCCUCCUCUCCGCCUCCGUUACGCCCCGCCGGCUGAAUGCGCACGCGCGGCAAGAGCUGCGCGCGCAUUCAGCCCGUCGCAUAGGAAAGCAUUUACAAUGCUUUCCUAUGGACGCUUGCGUGCUCUCACUGUGAAAAUCACAGUGAGAAGCACGCAAGCGCCUCUAGUGGCUGUCAAUAAGACAGCCACUAGAGGAUUAGGGGGAAGGCUUAACCCAUUCAUAAACAUAGCAGUUUCUCUGAAACUGCUAUGUUUAUGAAAAAAUGGGUUAACCCUAGCUGGACCAGGCACCCAGACCACUUCAUUAAGCUGAAGUGGUCUGGGUGCCUAGAGUGGUCCUUUAAUUAUAACUUUUAUUUGGAGUAAAGCAGAUAUUUAAUAGGCAUUAUGAGUAUAUUAAGACUAUUAAGACUAGCUUUGCAAGAGGUACACAAAGUAUUUUUAAGCCAACCAUUGGGGACCUCGGAAACAGAAUGGAGACUAGAAACCCAAUUUUGAGUCUCAAUCCAUGGUUUAAGAAUCCCUAGUUUAAAUUCUAUCUUUAUUAUAAUUAAAUUAUAUUUUUAUGGAAGUAGGAGUGUUCAGGUACUUUUUUACCCUUUUGGGUUAAACUAUGUUGGUUUUACCCCUAAAGAUGUCCUUUCUUUCAGCCACUUCCAUGAUAGGAAGGUUUGCCUGGUGGCCAAUGAUUGAACUGACGGUGUCAGCUAACACUACAGCCUCAGGGCACAAUGACAUCAUGGGAAUUACCAACAUGACACAUAAUUUAUAUAGAUUUUGCUGGGCAUAUUAAAGAAGUUUAUUACAUUAUGGUUAUACAAAUCGGUUCCAACAGGUUGAGAAUAUUAACUAUGUCUUAAGUCACAAGAACAGUAAUACCAGCAAUAGAUAUGUUAACAUGUGUUGGCUUUGUAUGGGAAAUUAUAAGCUCUAUGCUCUAUCAAUACAUUUCCUUUUAAACAUUUACAGAUAUGUUAGGACAGUUUAGUCACAACAGAUAUUCUACAUAUCUGUUUUGGAUCAAAUCUAGUAGAGUAUUAAAACACUAAAUGGAAGAACAUCUACAAGGGAUUCCAGCCAAUACAGUCACUUUAAUGAGAUGAAGCAACAGUGACUUCAAGUCAUAUGCUCAUAUAUUAAUAAGUAAUUAAUGUCCUAAGUAAUACAGAUUUACUCUACAACAUUCCACAAGCUGACUAUGUAAUCUUAUUUAGCUUGGAGCCAUGAGCCAUUUUACAUAAUUUUCAUGAAAGGCUUUCUUGUACGACAUUAUGAAGAAAUCUGUGUAAUAAACGCCUAAUGAGUGAACAGGCUCUACUGCAUUACACAAAGUAAACUUGAAAAGCAGUGGAUACAGCGCUAACUCUGAUAGUUGGGUUACCCUCAAAUAAUUCCAACAGCAGAAAUUGCACACAUGCACGAUAAAGGAACAGGUUGUGCCUAGAAGUAGUGAGGAUAUGCAAAGAAAACAUAUAGUAAUAAAUAAUAUAUUCCGCAGCACAAUAUGUAGCUAUAUAUAGAAUGCAAAAAGUCCAGAAAGAUGGUGGGGUUUGCCUUAUUAUAAAACUCCAUUGUAGAUUUUUGUGUGUGGAGACUUCCUGUAGGAUGGAUAGUUUUCAAUGACAAGUUUUCCUCAAUACAUCAGUAUAUGGAAUGAGAGUAAACGCAGAAAAGGCCUCUCAUUGUGUAGCAUUUUCAAAUAAAUGGAAAUAUUCAAAAGUAAAGAGCUACCAACUACAUUGUACCUUUAAGGUUUACAUGUCAAGCCCAAGCCCUCUUGUGUUAAUUUUUGUCCUGAGUAAUAAAAAUUUACUGUACAACAUUCCACAGGCUGACUAUGCAAUCUCACUUAGCUUGUAGCCAUAAGCCAUUCAGUGGCGGAUCCAGGGGUGGGACAAUUGCCCCCCCCCCGAGAUUCUCCCCUGCCGGCUAGUGCAGGGCUGGCAUUGUCCAAGUACCAGCCCUGCAAUGUGCCUGCAGGCACCGUGCUAGCAGCCGACAGGGGAGGGAGAGGGAGGAGAGAGGACCUGGGAGCUCUUACCUGCAGCUCCUCCGGGUCCUCCUCUUGCGAGCACGGAGUGUUGCCGCGGUUACCACGGCAACGCUCCAACUCUCGCGAGAAUGAACUUUAGCCAUGGAGCUGCAGGCUAGAGUUCACUACUACCACUGGGACCACCAGGGAAUCCCCACCGGACCACCAGGGAUCCAGAAAUAUCUCCCCUCCUCCCAAUAAAGGUAAGAUGGGAGGGGGGACAUAAUGAGUAUUUAUUUUAUUAAUUAAAAAAAAAAUUAAAAGCUGCCCCCUCAUUCCCCCCCAUACAAACAUUGCCCCCAUACACACACUGCCCCACAAACACUGCCCCCCAUACACACACUACACACACUGCCCCCCAUACACACACUACACACACUGUUCCACAAACAUUGCCCCCCAUAAACGCACCACACACACUGUCCCACAAACACUGCCCCCAUACACACACUGCACACACUAUCCCACAAACACUGCCCCCAUACACACACUACACACACUGCACCACAAACACUGCCCCCACACACUACACACACUACACACACUGCCCCACAAACACUGCCCCCAUACACACACUGCCCCACAAACACUGCCCCCAUACACACACUACACACACUGCCCCACAAACACUGCCCCCAUACAUACACUACAGACACUUCCCCAAACACACACUACACACACUGCCCCUCAUACACACUACACACACUGCCCCACAAACACUGCCCCCAUACACACACUGCACCACAAACACUGCCCCCAUACACACACUGCACACCCAUACACACACUGCCCCAAACACACACACACUGCAACUCUCACACACACUGCACCGCUCACACACACACACACUGCAGCUCUCACACACACACUGCCCCACACAUACACUGCAAUCCUGACAUACGCUGCCGCCCUCACGCACUCGCACACACACUUCACCGCUCACACACACACACUGCACCUUUCACACACACUUUACCCCUAACACAUACCACUGCUCCUAUGCCCCAUAUCCCAGCAGACCCCAGGUAAGUUGUCAAACUGUUCUUAAACGGUUUGACUACUUACUCUGGGAGGGGAUCCUGGCACUACGGGCACCAUAAUUACUACACUGAGCUGUAGUGGUUAUUGUGCCUGGAUUAUUUCUUUGAAUAAUCUACAAGUGCCCCUCCCGAGAUCAGACUCUGGAUCCGCCACUGGAGCCAUUUUACAUAAUUUACAAGUAAUACUUUCUUGUACAACGUUAUGAAGAAAUCUGUGUAAUAAAAGCUGUGAACAGGCUCUGCUGCAUUACAGGAAUUCACUUUUCAUCUCUGCCUGGCAGCUGUGUAGUGUUGCUAUGAUUCAUUUUCACAGCGUAAUGCAAGGACAUGGGUUGAAUUGUGCUAACUUGGUUGGUUUCGAUAGGUUAUUAUUUAUGUUUUCUACAAAAUACUGGACUUAGCAAGGCUUGUUUGUGUUUUACACAUGUUGAACAGUUACCUAUAGGCUGUAUGGUUAUACUCAGAGUCUCACAUUUCUUCAGCAAUGCAAACCUUAAGAGAAAUAAUUUCAGGAUGUUCCCUGUAAGCUACGGUUAAUGGGUCCCUCUUUCUAUAAACCUACAUGAACUUUAAAGGGACACUGUAGGUACCCAGACCACUUCAGCUAAUUGAAGUAGUCUGGGUACUAUGUCCCUUUUGCACUUAGUGCUGCAAUGUUAAACAUUGCAGUUCCAGAGAACUGCAAUGUUUACAUAGCAGCUCCAUGUCUGCCCUCUGUGGCUGUCUACCAGACAGCCACUAGACGGCUUGUGGAAUCUAAACGUCUUGUGGCCCGUAAUCUGACGCUGGACGCAGUGAAUAAUGCUUUACUAUGGGGAGGUCUAAUGCGCGUGCGGCUAUAGCCACGCAUGCGCAUUAGGUCUCCCCUGCCAGCUGACGUAGGCUGGGGAGGAGCGUGGGCAGAGCAUGACCCAGCGCCGAGGGACUGGAUUCAGGUAAGUGGCUGAAGGGGUUUUAACCCCUUCAGCCCCGUGGGAGUGUGGGCCCCCGAGCUAGGGGGGCACUACAGGAGCCUAUAGUGCCAGGAAAACGUGUUUGUUUUCAUGGCACUAGAGAAUCCCUUGAACUGGAAUGUAAAAAUGCAUCCAGGUCAGCUUUAAGGCUUAGCUGGUAAGGGCAAUUGCUUACGUAAUUUUGAAAAAAGUGGAGAUAACAUUUCUGCAGAAAGAAUAUAUCAAACAAGGUUAGAUAGAUAAUGGGAUCGGGAAUCACAGGAGAUAAGAGAUUAUAAAGUGAAAAAGGUACUUUACCUUAAUUCACUAAUAUUAAAAUUUUUGUUUAUUUACUCUUUUUAUUAACUGAAGCAUAGCUAAAUAUUAAAUGCAUCCAUUCAUAUGAACAUGCAGUAGUCAUGUUUUAAUGCUAAUACUCAAUCAUACAUUUUUGUCAGUCCUUCACAGGCGAAAUACAAAAUCAGGAAAACGAGUCCAGUGGAGUACUGCAGAAUCCUCCUUUUUAUGAUUUUAAUGACAUGGACAUCGAUCAGUCAUCCGAAGGGAACAUGCUGAAUAACUGCUUGUCCAUGAGCAAGAGCUACAGUUUUGGAAAAGCUACAUAUUUAAUGGAACCACUGAGUGACGCAGACUGGAGUAAAAGGAGAUCCAACCAGUAUGAGAGUGGGGGCUACAGUGACCAUGAUUGGAUAAAUUCUGCUGUUAACUUUGACCUGUGUAAUGAAGACCAGCAAGCAUGGAACAAAGCACUGUGUGUUAAAGGUCAAAACUUUUCGAGUUACACACAAUCCAUAGAAAACUGGGAUAUUGCAUCUUUAUAUCACUGUCAUGACUCACUGGUUCAACAAUCCCCAACUCUGGAACCUACAACGAAAGCCUGUAUCUCUCAGGAAGAACCAUACCUAUUUAGGUAUAAUCCAAAUCACUUGUCCCCAACCUUAUCACAGUAAAAGUGACAUGAGAGGCAUAUAAAACGUCUUUGAUCCUAUAACUCUAUACAUAAAUCAUGAACAUUUGAUGAACUGUUUGAAUUUCUACUUUUGUAAAGAGGUGUUCUGCAUUUUUUUUUCUUCUGUUGCCUGCCAAGUAUUUAGGGACAAGUUAUUCUUUAGAAAUUGUAGGGAACAAACAUUUCAAGGAAUGCAGUAUCAGACUGGGGCAUAAAGGUGUUUAGGGAAAUGUAAUUACGGGUCAACUUCUAAGUCAAUAUUUGAUCUACACAAAAGCCUAUACAAUGUUUAAUAUAUAAGAUUUGUUUGGAGGAAGAUUUAAAAAAAUGGCAGUAAAUAUAUAAUAGGAACUCUAUUUAGUUCCUGCUCCAAGAGUUGGGCUGACAUGUUGGGAGUCUAGGAUAACCCAAUAUGAUAAUAUUUACAUAUUUCAUUUCUUGAUGGUUGGCUAAUUGUGGUUUCAAAUUGAACAAACACCCUGAACAAUCAUGUGGACAAUGUUUAUAUGUUCUAUGUUAAAUAUAAUUUUAAAAUGCUGAGUUUCCAUACUUGCUCUGUUUAUUGAAAAAAGUUAAAAGUUAAUAUACUUUGUACCUUGUUAAGUCCAUAAUAGCCAUUGAACUUAUGUAGAAUACAUUCUGGAAUAUUACACUUUUGAAUUAUGUAACAUACGUGUAUUUAUGCAGAGAUAUAGUCGUGUUUGUCACAAUUUAUUCCUGUAAUCUAUUAUUACAGAUUUUUUUAAUGAAAAAUAAAAUGGAGAAAACAUUAUAGACAUAAUAAAUCAUGCAAUGUAUUUGUAAAGGGAACAAGGGGUCUGGUUUAAGAUCUAGACAAUGUCCCAUUACCAUCUAAGCAUGGAUGUCAAGGCCUGUAAUGGAUGUCAAGGCCUGUAAUGUAGGUCACUCUUCCCUAGUACUGGCGUUUCCCCUCCACCUAUUGAACUGGCUCAAAUUAAGCAAUAUUGCUUCCUCCCUGUGAGCAGGGAACUCCAAAGCAGAGGCGAGGUGGUGACCACAAUGGAUGUCACAAAAUUGACUGCAAGCAGCAGUGUGGCACACAGUCUCCACGGUCUACCAACCCACUGCAGGCCUCCCUUCAAUUGUAGCUUCACAUCAGCUUCUCUCUGUCAGUGGGCUCCAGAUAUUAACUCUCACUGCACCGCAGUGGUAACCACACCAGGCACUGAAAUACAUGCCUCUUACUGCCUCAUACGAGGACUCCAUGACACAUUAGGCCUUACAGGUCCUGCUUCUCUAAAGGGUCCAGUGUAUCACUUGGGGUAACCCAUACCAAAUACCUGGGACGUCAUCUCUUCAUACCACACUGAGGGUUUUAUUUUGGGUUCUGGGCCAUUGCACGAAUCCUGCCAAACCUGGUGUGCACAUAGGUGAUGCCCGAACUACUCUAAGGAAUCAAAUCUUACCCUACUCUCUGACAGGAAUUCAUCCAUGUCUGCUACACUAGGGAUCACAAAUAGCUAGACUAUAUGUAUAUGAGUUCUUCCCUUUUUUUUCUUUUGUUUUUAUAUUUUCCAUUUUUUUCCUUACUCCCCCUGGGGAAUAAGAAUAACUAACAAGGCACGCUCCAGCCUAUCCUUCACUGUUGCUCAAUAGACCAUGGAAACUAUAUCUUCCUGAAGCCUACUAUUCGUUUUACCACUUGAUACCACUGUUUUAUCGCAGUUCAGUCCCUCCUAGUUAUAACCAUGAGUAACACAACUCUACCUUGAACAGAACGAGGAUUUGUUCUUCCUCCAUUGCAGAGCAGAUUAAUCUCAUCGAUCUCUCCCUCCCUGUAAAACACUUCUUCGGGUGGGAACACAAAUUUUGACACUUCACUCCUGAUGGUUAUUCAAACUAACUCUGCAUUAUCUCAAUCUGCCUCUCUUCGUAUUCCUCUCUGUUCUCCACACAUCUUCAGACACGCUCUCACAGUUCCUGUGCCACACCUCCUACACUACACUUCUCAAAAGAAAUAUACACAGAAAAAAAAAGAGGGAACCGGCUGAUA